CGGAGCAGCGUCCGACGCACUAUCACGGUGUGACGGGCCUAUUGACCGGCAUCUACUCUGCGACCGCGACCACGACUAUGACCAGCCAAGGUGUCGUGGAACGUGCCAGCGCCGAAUUGUCCAAGCGCAUUAACGGACUGACGCUGCGGGCCGCCAACAAACCGUCUUCGUCGUCGUCCGCUGGCGUCAGUGGCACAGGCACGGCCGGAUCCAGUGGAACCGGUUCACCGUCCCGGACUCCGCGCACCGGUACCAGCGUCAUGGAACGCGUCACCAACGUGCUGUGCGGUGGUGGCACCGGCAGCGUGCUCGGUCCCAGCGGUUCCGGAGGGAUACAAUACCCGCGGUUCCGCGGCCGGAUGCCGAUACCGCGAAAUCGCGUGGCAGCGUACCGGAUCAAGCGACCAGUCACGUGGCCGGAAUUGAUGCGCGACGAACAGUUCCUGAACAGAUUUUUCACGUACUUCUCGGCCGCCGAGCGCAUACCGCUGACGCGGGUUUGCGUCCGGUGGCGCGACGUGCUUUACAGGUCGCCAAAGUUUUGGUACAACGUGCAGCCGGUGAUCCGUUGCAAGCAGCUUAGGUCGUACAAUUACGCGGACAAGGCGGCCGUGUUCAAAUCUUUUGUGGCCAGGGAGAUGACGGCCGUCACCAUAUACGGCGCCCUAGACCAGGACACGGUCGAAUUCGUCAAUACGUACCCGUUUCCCAACAAAAACAUACUGUCGCUAUGCCUACAGUCGUCAAGCGUCACCGACCGGGGAUUGGAAUCGUUUUUGGAUCAUUUACAGGUAAGCCAACGUGCCCGAAUAAAUAUUAAUAAAAACAAGUAGGUAUUAUGCGACCGGAGAUUGUUUUUACCAACCGAGUCCAUCGAACACGUUUUUUAAUUCCUAUCGGUAGAGAUCUGCAGUAGGUAUGUUCAUUGUGAUAUAAUUUAUGAUGUCGGCGUGUGUCAUCUCAAUUUAUUCGAAUAACGGUUAAUGUUUUAUUAAUAAUUUUUCCAAAACAGUGUCCAUGCCGUCGCGUUUGGUCUCACCUAAACGCCUGCAUAUGUGUACCAUUUAGAUACAAGAUAAAUAAAUUAUAAUUUUCGAAAUGCGCUGUUUGGAUAGAAUGCAUUCACCGUUCUUCGUGUUGAAGAAAUGCCGAAUUCGAAUCGCGUUCAAUUUGCUGUCGGUGUGUGAAUGUAAAAUGUCUACCAAAAAAAAAUAAAUAAAUAUACACCGACGUAUUCAAUCGUAAUAAUAUUCAACAAAAACGGAAUCGGUGUCAAAGUUUAGUCAGUGUACAAAGUAAACGUACGGCGUUAAUCUAUCAGAGUGUACAAUUAUUGCUGCAGUAUACCCAUAAGCAAUAAUAAUGUAGAUUUAGCAAACACGGGGAGUUAUAGAAAACAUUAUUUUCUCGAACGCGUCCGAAAUACCGGCGAGUGGGGAAACGCGUUGGUCUUUAGAUGGUAUUUUUUCAAACGCUGUCUGUUAUGCGUCUCGUUUCUAGAGAUAAAAAGAGAAUAACAUGCACUUUUCACUAAUCAAUAGGUUUAUAGUUACACAUAGGUACAAGGUAUGCGCGUAUAGCGCACAACGCACAUCCGUAUACUGUGUUAUCGUUCGCUGUUUAUGACGUUUAACGACGAUUCUCGAGACGCGUGUUUGUCGUAGGCGCAAAGAAGGCGCUUAUUAUCAUUGUUAUCGUUAUUUGAAUUACCCGCCGUCGUAUUUCCGACAACUGUAAUAAUUGCGCGUCUACGCGUCGCUAUACCCGUCGCUGAAGCGUUUCAACUACGCGGGUAUCCGCGUUUGACAUCGAACCAAUGAAAAAAAUAACGAUACAAUAAUAUAUUAUUGCAACGCGAAUUUCCGCGUAGUCUCGCGCGCGGACACCGGAGAAACACUUACGGCGACAGUGACGACUGUGCGAUACCUGUCUAUCGCGAUAGGCCCUCCCGCCGAAAACCGACCAUCGCAACGAAAACCAAUACAAUUAUCGCGGUCAACACGCGCGCGCCCGGUAGUUCGCGACACUACGUUACAGACAGUUGUAGUGCAUGCUGUAGGUGGGUAGUGGAAUCCAUUUCGAUCCGAUUGUCCGAUUUUCUAGAUCCGACGCGUGUCUCGCGACGAACGUCGCCUGGCGCGCCACAUAAUCAUACACCGACACCGUCUGUAAUUUAUUAUGGUCACACGACGGCCGUCUACGGAAAGGCGUCGGUCGCGGUUGUAUUCGAUUUCGAUUUCGGACGUGUCGUAGCGAUAAAAGCCCUCUCACGGUCGAAUCCCGCGUGCACUGCGGACGCGAUAAUACAGGCCCCGCGCGACCGUACGCGUAGCGGCCGUUUACGCGGAAUCUCCAGCGCGCGUCGGUGGUAAACGUAAUUCGUGUUCAGUUUGGUUUUGCGUACAGACGCACGUUCGAUACCCACGCGUCGCCUCAAUACGGUUUAAAAAUUCUCAUUCCGUUCGUCGCGUCCGAUCGACCCUAACUCUGGCAUCACGCGAGGCGCACGUAACCGACUGGUCGAUUGUUGUUAUCUCCGGCUACAGGUGAAUUCAAAUUUCGAAUUAUCGUUGAUGUACACGCGUUGAAAAAUGUACAAUCCACAGGAGUUCGGUCUUAAUGUCUGGGAUGCACGGGAAACAGCUGCGCAACGAACGCCUCUUGACUGGGCUGUUUAUCGCGUAUAAAAUUUGGCGCACAUUAGCGAACGCGCGGUAAAACAGACGUGGUAACGGGAGGCCGCACAAUGAUUUUUUUUUUAAUAUUGCAUAGGCGAAUCGAGCCAGUAACGUAACAUUAUACCGGACGCAACUCCGUUUCAGCGCUUGGAUACAAGUGCAGGUAGUCGGGUAUAAUAAUCAUGUUAAAAUUGUAAAUUCGAUUAAGCGUUUUGUGUUUGGAUUACGGUGCCAGGGUUUGCGAACGAAUUCGCGCGCAGUGGAAUACUAUGCAGUAUACAUUACGCGCCGGCAAAUGAGUUUAUUUUAUGUGACAUUAGUUAGCGCGCACGCGGGUACAAUACGAAACUACUCGUAAAUACAAUAAUAUCGAGUCGUACGAAUUAUUAUUCGAUUUUACCAUAUUAACGGUCGUACACUGUACGUUCACCGUCUCAUAUUGUGAUAUUAAAUGGGUAUCCGAAUCGCUUAUAAUAUUUAAUAGCGGAGACAUAGCGUAAUAAUAUUGUACGAUGAAUUAUUAUGUAAACAUAUUUCGAAUAGUAUCUGUAUAAUAUUCGUAUGUUGCCUAUAAUAUUAGACUAUUCGAAAUUUACUGUCAUUCGCCCGUGCUCAUAAUAUUACUGUAUCAUUUUGUAUUGUCAAAUUAAUUUUUAGAUCUUGAGCUAAGCGAUUAAUGUUUAUUGAUUUAACUUCGAGUUUUAUGAUGCGUUUUUUUUUUCGUCGAAUACCUUGGUUACCACGUGGAAAAAAGAAAAAAAAAACUGCUUAGAAUCGUUUUUCGUUGGAAAUGGUUUAUCGUUGCGUGCAGGUAUAAAUUUAAUUACUCUAUAUCUCUUCCGGUUUUCUUUCUAAUGUAAUGGCACACUCAUCAGCGGUACCGGCCUUUUUUCCUCAUUCAAUACUGUGCGGGACAGCUGUAAUCGUAUUAUAGUAAAACCGUACUAAUAUUUAAUCGAUUUUCUCGGAAUACAGUGGAUAUCCAAAAAAAAAAUGUCUUAGAAAAUUUGUAUGUUUAAAAAUUAAAAUUUAAUACGAUUCUGUGAUAGAUAUUUUAUACAUUUUAAAAUAAAUUUAAAUUAAUAAGAAAACUACACCUUUAGUAAUUUUUCAACCAUCUCAUGAGAAGUGAAUGGGAUGAUCUAUUUCGUCCAAACUUAACCCAGCUAACUUUCUAAUAGCUAUGAACAAAAUGGAGGGGGUAAGAAAUUACAAUUUCAAAAAUUCAAAUACAAGGACCAUCCCAUAAUAGUAUUAUUAUGUAUCUCCGAGCAAAACAUCUAAAACGGGGGUUAAAAUAAUCGUGAUUAAAACGUGUAAUAAACGAUUAAGAGCUAGGUAACAGAAAUAAGCUCUAUGUUCUUUUAAGCUCGAAGUGUUUUAACAGUUUUAACGAUCGACAGCAAAAGUCUUAACGGUUUCAAAAUUCGAAUACUUACUAUACCUGUUAAUUGUUAUACUAUCCUUUCGAGAGAUUUAUUCGAUUUACGUUUUAAUCAUAUUAUUAUUAUUAUGCCACGACGUGACCGAUAUUGCUCACGGAAUCUUAUAAUACACUCAUUGUAUAUAAUCCAUAUUAGGACUAUAUAGGUAUAAACAGAAAAUUUCACAGCCAGGGUUUUUGUUAUUUCAAGACUUAAUAACAAUUUAUCUAAUUCAAAAAUUUCAAAAGCGUCAAAUUUAUAACAUGUAUAAUAGUAUGUUUUUGUUGAGUUUGUUUUAACUUUUUUGAGAUUCAGAGCGUAGCGAGGAACAAAAAUAAUUCGAUUUUCGUACCAUUAGCUCUGUUUCAACCCCUCUUUUUAAAUUGUUGGGAGAGAAAGUAGCCCACGUGUUAUUAUUGAUUUAGAUUUAUGCAAAGUUUUAAUUCAAUUCGUUCAGUAAUUUUGACGUGAAGGAGUAACAAAACAUCCAACAAUCCACCGUAACAAACUUUCGUAUUUAUAAUAUUAGUAAACUAUAACAUAUUACCUAUAUAAACGAGUAUAUUAUAUGAAAAUUAUAGUUUAUAAAAAACAAAAAAAAAAUAUCAUUCAUAUAAUUUAUGUACCGUAUUUUUGUUUUUAGAUUGUGUGUUAUAUUUUUUACUAAGAUAGUGCACUUUUUCUUCAUUGCUAUUCUCUGUUUUCUCUGUUUUAUUUCCCCCGGAGUUUUUAUAAUAAAUAGGAAAAACGUAGGGAAAUUUACGAAAUGUAUUAUUUUCAAAUUAUUGUAAAUAUUACAGCCUUUCAAUACAUGUAUAUAGUGGUGUAUAAUCGAAUUCCACUUUGAAUCGUUUUCUGUUAGCAAUGUUUAUCGUUGGGUAAAGAUAUACACAUUCGAUUUCAUCUUUACCUUCCCAACUUCUCACCUAAAACAGUUCUCCCCUCCCACCCUAUCGUGCGAAGUAUGUCAAUACAUCGGUUUUAUUUUCGUUGAUUUUUGGAUUACGUUUGUUGUAAGGGGAAAAUACGUCUAAUACUCUGUAACUUUACCAGUUAAUCAAAUUCCGCUCGUGCUUAGAAAGGUUUUGUGAUUACAAUGAUUUAUCGUUUUUUCCAUACCUACGUAUAUAAACUAAAUUAUCAUAUACCCUAUAAGCUACCAACUUCUCACUUAAAACUUAACUUACGUGGGUCAUGAUAAAUAUGUUUUUUUCAUAAGAAAAAUUCGAACGCGAAAAUGACCGAAGAAAAAUUUUAAUUCUGAAAUACCUUACUAUAUGGUACACAUUAUAACGUGUAUCGUAAACUUAUAACACUCAUAUAAACGUACUAGUAUAUUUAAAAUAGUAAUAAUUUAUUUGGAUGCAUAAUUACAUGCGGAUUAAAUUAUAAUUAAUAUUUAGUUUUCUUUUUAUACCAUUGUGCGAAAAAAAAAAAAGUUUUUGAUCUUAAGUUUUUCGACGUUCUUCAAGGUUUUUGUACAACUUGGUGGGUAGAGCAUUGUUGACACGUUGCAGCUACAUUUUAAUAGUAUAGAUAUAUACGUACAGGUACUUUUGUAAGUUGUCACUCACGCUGGCGUGUGCUUGGCUUAGUUGUAUUUCUCAAUUCGUUUUUCCCCUACUUAAACAUGGACGUGACACUAAUAUUAUAUGUCCGGUGUCGCGCCAUGAACCGUGGUAUUAUAAAGUGCUAAGUUUACCUAGCCUUUUAUUUUUUUAGAUUCUGAAAGAAGCAAUGAAUAUGUUAUAAUUAGCUUUACUAUGAGUUAUUUUGUUAUUUGUUUGUAACAAUUUUUCUGUCAGAAAUAUUGCUGUGAUCAUCAGCGUCAGUGACAAUAGGGGGGAUUUCUGGUAGAAGAUUUUGUCUAGUCGGUGCAUUUCGGAGAUCAUUUUUUUGAUUUUCCUUGUAGUUUUCUUAAAAAUGGAAAACACGUCUAGAAAACGGGAACAUAUACGGUUUCGUUUAUAUUUAGUGAAAAAUUAUCGUAGGGAUUUUAUAUUUUUACCGAAUAUUCAUUAUUAUAGAACUUUAUUGACGUGGUACAGUUUGUUUUUUAUUUUGGCGUUUUUUGAGUUAUUUAUGUAACCAUUUAUGUAUUUGAAAGUCUCUAGCUUUUUUUUUUUUUUGGAUUUAUGUGGAUACAAAUGUCGGCAUUUACUUCUAUCAGCGUUACAAGUUCCAAUUUAAGUGCGUUAAAAAUACGAUCGAUAGUUAUAAUUUAUUUUAUAUUUGCAGCAAACUAAUAUUUUUAAGGUCCCAUUUUGAAUCUAUCGAAAAAUGUUCAACUGUAUACAAAAUCCGCUUAUAAAAUUGUUUUUCAUUUGCAAUAACUAUUCGUUGUAUAUACAGUAUAAUAUAUAAAUUAAAUUAUCCUUUAUACUAUAUUAUUGUAUAUUUUUAAUCCUUGAGAAUAAGGACUUAAAUCAAUUUUGUAUAGUUUUCAUUUGCUAAAUGACAUAAUGCCAUAAUUGCUGAAUGGUUAAAUGGCUAAUAAUUGGUCUUACUUAAAUAUGGCGUUCUUAAUUACAUAAGUCAUAUAGUUAAUUAUAUUAUGACGUAUUCCUUUUUUCCAAACAAAAAGUACAUCAUAGUAAUUUAGGAUGUUUUAAUAGUCGUAAUAUAUGACAUGUGUUAGACAUUAUUCGCUUAUGUCACUUAGAUCUAAAAAAAAAAAAAAAGAUGCCAAAAUUGACUUGUUCCCUGGAACCAACGAUAUAUAUAUAUACACAUCCCACUCUCCCGAUUAUACAUUACCUAUAACAGUAGCCUACUUUUCUAUACGCCCAUAUGUAAUCCAAUUUUAUUAUCCCGGUAUUCUUAUAUGAUGAGCACACACAUACGUAUCCCGUAUAAUUCAAACAUAUACGGACUAAAACCAAGAUAAUUAUAUUUACUUAUGCUCCGUUUUUUAGUAUAGUGCAUACAUUUUAUCUCAUCUACUCACCUAUACGAGUAUAAUAUUAUGAUUAUGCGUACAUAUAUUUUGUUAUUAUAACGAUUCGCGAACGACAUUUUGCGAUAGUAAUACAAAUUGCAGCAUCUCGUGCGUUCGUUUACAUUUAACACGACGUGUGUGUUACCGAAUUUUUUUUUGAAUUGAGACAUUUCUCAAUAUAUAUAAUACGUAUUUAAUUAUAUAGGAGGGAAAGCUUGCAAUUUCAAAAUUGUAUUUUCCUUUUUUUUGCCGCGUGCACACAUCAUGUAAAACGAUAUUUAUAUUUAUUUAUUUUUUUAUGAGCGAGAAGAGCCCAUAUUAUCUGGUUUUAAAAUAUAGUAAAGAAAGACAGUUAAAUUUCGACACCUAUACAGAGCAAUAAGCAAUACAUAAUAUACCGGAAGAAAUUAUAAUUUUCAGCUACAAGUACUUUUCGAUUUUCGCAAUUCAAAUAUUAUUAUACUAAUAUAAUACACGUUUAAUACUACAUCCGUGAAUUAAAUUAAUAAAGUCCCAAUCAAUUUCGUAUAAAUCUCGGCGUUCACAGCCGUCGUGUUUCCGGGUGACAGUUGAAAAAGGGUCCGGUCGGGUCGGUUAGAUUGGUAUACAACCGAUAGGUAUACGUAUUAUAAUUAAAAGGGAUAUAUAUCGCCAAAACAUCGAGGCUGUAGGCUAUUUGCGGUCCAAAAAUAGUAAUAUUUUGUAGGUAGUAAAUUAAACUGGUAAAUGCGUCCCGUUUUGUCGACACAAAUCCAUUAUUCCAUUUUCCCUACCUGCCAUAUUAAUCAUAGCCUAUUUGUGUCAAACCACUGUCCAUAACAGUGUUUUAAAUGUUUAGAUUGCAGAUUAAAGAUUUAAACUUAAUAUAGGAGAUUAAGAUAUAUUGUGUCAACGUGAUAUAAUUAAAAUAUACAUUUUAGUGGGAACUUUGGAUUAUUUUGGAAAACUAAGUUCCCUAGCCGCUAAUUUUAGUCUUUAAAUGCGAUUAAUUAGAAAAAUACAAAAGUUAUGGUGUGUAGCAAAACAAACCCUGUUCAUUUUAAAAAUAUAAAAAUAUGUGCACAUAAUAAAAUAAUGUAUACAUAGAAUAGGAACAAUACUCCAAUUAUUUACGAAUUAUUUAUACAGACAUAGGUAAUUUAUCAGGAUAAUACAUGGCAAAAUGGGCUUUUUAAGAUAAAAAUAAAGUGUGAUUUUAAUGGUGAGAAAAAGUUUCUAAAAUUAUGCGAAACUUGAAUAAUCGGUACAAAAGAAAGAAAACUAGAGACAUGGACAGAAAUAAUAGAAACAAAAAAAACACAAUAUAAGAAUGAGGAGAAAUAUAAAGAUUUACUACGUCUCGAUAGUUUAACAAAAUGCGUCACAGGUUAUACCGGAAAAGGAAGACCAAGGAUAAAGUAGUUACAAGAAACAAAUCUUGAUAGACAUGGAGAUAAGGAUAGUUACAAGGAGUACAAAGGAAUUCGGUUUCAAAAGAGAAGUGCGAAGAAAUACAGGAAAUCAGUUAAACUAUUAAAUACGAGAAUAAAACUGAAACAGAUUUUUAUUUGUCUCUUCAUCGAGUCCGUUGGACUCGUUUAGGAGGUAGGUAACCGUAAAUCACGAACAGUUUAUAGAUAUAAAUAAAGGAGGACUAGGUACUUGAGAAUUAUCUUGAUUCUUGGCUAUAUCUACAAUCUACACAGUAUUUACGUGGGCUAAUAAUUUAAUAUUUGUGCAAUCAUUAUUUUACAACAAAAUUAUCUGUUUCAUAUUAUCUAUUAACAUAAUAAUUUGUAUCGAUUACUAUUUUUACUCGAUUAAAAUCACGGUUUCAUUUUUCGAUAUAUAACUAUAUAGAGCUUAAUUUUGUAAAAUUUUAUACUUGCACAUAUUUUAUGAUGUUAUUCGGUCGCAUGUAUUGCACAUGUUUAGUUAUCAUUUGUAACGACUUUGUUUUAUACUUCAAUAAAAUAAUUUUUGUAAAGCUUAUAGAGCUAAAUUAUUUGUACGACAUGAAGAUAAAAAGUUGUUCUAUAUUUUAGGUAUCGUACUGAUUUACCACUAUUAUACUCUGGCCAAUAUUGCAUUAAUAUUUAAUAUUUUAGAGUGCCUAACAAUAAAUUAGUUUUCAAAAACAAUUCUGCGUAGAAAAUCUGAGAAUUUUGUGAACAUACUCUUGAAAAUGAGUGUCGUAAAUUUAAAAGUUUGCGUACAGUUUUUUAAAAUGUUUUUCAUAUUUUUGUAAGAAAAUUUGAAAAAUACUAUUUUAAUGUGCCAUUUGUGUUAAUGUUCAAUAUCCAUACAUAAGGUUUACAUGAAACUUUUAGAUUAUGUUUGGUACAUCUAAAAAUAAAAUAUUGCAAAAACAUAAAAUAAUUCUUCCUAUCUUCAAUUCAAGUUUAAUAAAAUAUAUUCGAAAUUGAAAUGAUAUGUUGAUGUUAAAUAGUUCAAAAUUCUUUAUAAUGUAAUAAUUUAAGUAUCUAUAAAUACUCAUGGUGCAUAGUGGUCGGGAAUACAACUUUAGGCUGACAAAAUUAUUAUAUUUUUAAUAUUUAAACAUUAAAUGUGUUUUUAUAAAAGAUUUAAGAUUUUUGAACGAUAAUAGUAUUUAUACGCGAUUCAUUGCGGACCAUUUCUUUAUGGUAAUUUCAAAAAUAAUUCUUCAUAAUUACUUUUUCGGUUUUCUUCUUAUGUGUAUUUUUUAUAAUAUUCUAAAAUCACUUAUUUUGUAGGCAAAUUUUAACCUCCCCCCCUACAAAAAUUUGAAAAUACGACAUUGUAAACUAGUACUUACCUUCUUUGUAUAAUUCCGCAAUGAAAUACAAUUAGCGUAUGGUCAAUUUUAUAAAAGUGCCUCGAACACGAACAACAGAGUACUAACUUUUACUCACUAUGAUAGAAAUUCUAAACAUUUCAUUUGCAUUAGUUAGUUAUAUUCUACACUUUAUUGUGUUAUAUUUAUUUAAUAUUUUGUUUUAAAUAAAUAAAUAAAUAAAUAUAGUUAAUCGGGUUUUGACGUGAUUAUUACUGAAAUAUAUGUGUAUCAGAUGCUAUUAAAUAUUCAUAUUAACAUUGUAUAGGUGAAAUACCAUACAUUAAAUACCUAUUUUAUUUUUAAACUAAUUUUUUUUCCAUUUUGUCCACCUAAAGGUGCAACCUAACCUUUCCGACUACUGUGUGGCAGGUAGAGUUUGAACACAUUUAACAAAAAAAAAUUAAUCAUGCACAGUUUAGUGUCACAUACUCACAUAAAUUUACCCCAAUAGUUUUUUUAUUUUUCAGUGUCGUACCUGUAGAGGAGGUCGAAGGGAACAUUCAUCUCUCCGCAGGCCGCAUAAUUUAUGUGUGUGUAUUUUUAUAUGCGUUCAGUAUUUUUACAAUUAUAUUUAAAAUUUUUUUCAUGAAGUAGUUAAUAAUAUGAUAACAUGGUCAAAUCUAUAGAUAUUAAAAUAUUUUUGUUCUCUAUGGUCGAACCAGGUCAAGGUUUCCGGUAUUAUCAUUUCGUUUUGGCGGUUUAACCGUUACCUUUUAUCAUUGAUUUCUAGUUACAAAAUAAAUGUACUAGUAUCGUUUAUGCGGGCUUUCAAUGUUGCAUAUUUAUCAGAAUAUAAGUGUACCGGUGGACAUCAUUGAACCAUUUUCUUCUAUGAAAAACCGGAGGUUAGACUUUGUAUUUUACAUUUAUAACAUGCAUUAUAAUAUUAGAUUUUAUUAAAUAAAAAUGUAUUAUUUUAUGUAAACAAAUAUUAUAUUUUUACAAGUAAAAAAGAGCGCAAAUCCCGUGUAAACUAAUAAAAUGUUUGUAACUUUGAUGUUACUUUUUAAAGAAAUUUUCUAUUUUAAGAGUGGGUGAAAAUAUAUUUCCCCCCCCCCCCGUAAAAAAAGCUAAGGUAACACCACUGUUAUUUUGUAAAAAUAAUAACAAAUUAUUAUAAUUUAGUUAUUAAAAAUUGGUAAUUUAAAUUUUUUUAUAAAAUGGAAUAUAUUAAAUGUUGCUAUUUUAAUUUUAAUUGAAAUAAUCGAUUAAAAUUGUUAAAAAUGCUCAAACCAUAAAGAUAGAUAAAUAAAUAAAGAAUAGUAUUGAGGUAAAAUAUUAUUAUUUUAAAAUCUGAAGCAAAAUAUUUUAGUAAAAUUUUUUCACCCCGAAAAUAUUGAAAACACUUUAAAUAAAAAAAAAAAGAGUGAGCCGAAAGAUAAAAAGAUACUAGAGAUGAAUGUGACAUUGUUAUAGUCUUAUAGGUAACAAAAUUAGGGUACAUAAAGUUAUUUAAUUAAAAUCUGUUCGUAACAAUUGACUAUUUAGGGAAGUUUAGUUUUACAUGUUUUGAAAUGCUAUGAUUUUUACGAUAAUCAUCAAAAUUUAGUCUUAAAAUAUGCUUAGGUUAGGUUAAAAGUAAAAAGAAAACGACUACAUUUUACUAAACUUUUUUUUUUUUACCACAAAGUUAAAAAUAUUAUGAAAUUCUUAUUCAAUUUUCAAGCAUUUCUAUGUGGCCAAACAAUUGUUUAUUAAACUAAAUAAAAACUAAAAAAACUCAAAUGUCUAUAAGCAAUUGUUAAUUGUCUAAGUUAAAACCUGACCCAACAGCUGAUACUUGAGACUUGUUGUGUCACUGUUGUAAGUGAAAAGUUAGGAAGAUAUUUUACAUAAAGUUAUAUAUACUUUAUAUUUGUACGAAACGAUAAACUUGUCUAUUACUAUUGAAAAACAAUUUUGAGAGAACUUUAUGUUAUACAUUUUUUUAAAUGCUGUAAUUUUUAGUAUUUUGGUCAAAAUUUGAAUUUAAAAACGCUUAUAAAAAAAAACUAUCACAUUACGCUCAAUUUUUUUUUUUUUUAUAAUAAACGUUGUGUUUAUCAAGAAUAUCUUUUUGAUCUAAUAAUUUUGUGUGAUGAAACCAAAUAAAUCUAAAAAAACUACAAAAUGUUAAAAAUCUGUACAUACUGUUAAUGUCAUAAACUUGGAAAAUCAAAGCAAGACUUUUUAUAGACCAACUAGGUUUAAAAUUUAGCAAAAGUUAUAUUGUUGUUUUUCGAUUGGAUAAAGAUUUCUAGUAUAUAAAACUAAAACAUUUUUGAUAAUGCAAUCGUGAAUGUAUUGUAAAUUUGUCAGUUUUUCUUUUACAUUUUUACCGGUUUUUCUUAACUAUUAAAAAAAUUGCUGAAAAAAUAAAAAAACAGCCUUUUCAAUGCAUAAACAAGAUUCAAAAUGCAACAAAAAAGGUCUCUAGUCAUUUUUUAACUGAAUUAUGAUUUCUUAUAGAAAAGUUGUAAAUAAAUCGCACACAUCAUAGUAAAACCAAUACAUUUUUUGUUUCUUUCAGAAUCUAAAUUAAAUCAGUAAAAGUAAAUUUCAUUUUCAGUGAUAAAUAAAUGUGUUUAAUGUGAUAGCUUUAUUUUUAUACAUCUAUUAUACAUCGAGUACUUUGAUAGAAACGAUAAGUUAUGUUAAAGAAUAAUCGAAAGAAUUAAUAAUGUUGAAGAUAGUUUAUUAUAUAUAAAAUAUCGAUUAAUUUAAAGUCGUCUUUUUUAAGUGUACAUAGCAAAUUUAUUUCAAUAUCGUCAUUUUUGUUAGAUAUUUGGACGAGUGUAUAGAUUUGAAAUAGAUACUAGACGUCUAGAAAAUUGUUGGAUAGUUUAUAAUAGAUGAUAUUUUUCAAUAAUUUAUUAAGAUAGAAUUUAUAGAAGUCAAUCUGUCCAAAAUGUCAAUACACUUUUAAAAAAUUCAUUCUAAAGAUAGAACAAUAAUACUCAAUAUUAUUCAAAAUAUAUAUAGGAAGAGAAUUCCAUUCUUUUGUAUAUUUUAUAAUAUUGAAUUGUUGUUGUAAUAUAAAACGGUUGCUUGGCCUGGCAAUACUUAUUUAUUUAUAUGUACUCGUAAUUAAGAAUAUAGUUUGGGUUAGGUUCACAGAAUAUGCUCUUAUGAAUAAGAAUUAAAACUAAUAUUUUAAGGUUAAAGAAGAGAGACGGUGAUUUUUAUCCCCUAAUAAAUUGCUAAAAUAGAAGUUAUUGUUCAUAAACAUAAUAGAUUUCUAUUAUAAAUAUACAACAGUAUAAUAAACUAUAGAUUAUACAUAAUAUUGUACUCAACUAUUAUAUUUCUAUAGUACAAAUAAAUUUGUUUUAGGAUAUUAUCAAUAAAACUAUUAACUUUUUUUUUUUUGUUUUUACUGAAAUAAUUUAAGUCAUAUAUGUUGUUAUAUCCAGUUAUUUGUUCGUAAUUUUCAGAAUUUGCCCAACAUAUAAGACUAUACCUAUCUUUAUUGUUAUUAAAUAUAAUGAAUAAAUAAAUAAGUGGGAAGGAGAAUAUUAUUGUAUUGAGUGGGAUGAUAUAACACGAAUGGAUAAAUUAAAAGUUUCUUGUAAAUUAUCAUAUACAUAGCGAUGAUUAAGUCGAAAUUUUGAAUAAAAUCCUAGUGUUUUUUAUUAUAACUACGGCGUUAAACUAUAGUUGAAAAAUAAAAUGUGUUUUCGUAACAUUUAAUCUUAAAUCUUCUAAUUUUCAAGGGCAUCAAUUUGUUGUUGAAAAACUAGGUAAAAUUACCGUAAAAUAAUCGUAAAACAUUUGCAUACCAAAGAACAUAAUAUUUUUGAUUAUCUAUACAAAAAACAUAAGUUGGUUAUGAACAAAUCUUGUUUUAUUUUUUUUUUAUUUUCAUCUGCGGUUUUAGUUAUCAUUGUUUUGUUGUAUUGUUUUAUUUUUACUUCAAAAUAAAUUUGUGCUCCAUGUGGGUCGAGCAUUUUUACUAUAUCCUAUUUCUAAUUUUAACGUUUUAAAUUAAAUUGAUUUCAUAUUAUAUUAUUAUGUUUACAAGUGACAGCUCAAGCAGAAAUGAUAACAAAUUUAUUCAGUGAAUAUAUUUUUCUCGAAUAUAAAAGGUAAGGCAGGUGAAUAAAACAUCUCUGGAACUUGCGUCAAUCAACACAUAACCUAUUAGUUUGGACAUGUCGGUCUCAUUUUGGCACUCAAGCCAUUUAUAGUACACCUUGUGAAUUUUAAACUAACAACGAAAACCCUCACAGAUAAUAAUAAAUUAAAACGUGUGUCGACUGAAAUUUAAUAAUUAUUUGAAUUUAAGGGAUUUAUUACGAUAUGUAUUAAAUGCGUUUUAUGUUUAAUCAUGCAUUACAUAUGGCGAUUUUUAAUUAUAUUUAAUAAAUAGAAAAGAUAUUUAAAUAAAAAUGAUCUUAAAUCAAAUCUGAAAAGUUUUGUAUUUUUCAUGAAAAUAUGUUUUAAACAAUACAAAAAAAUCCUAUAUUCUUUAAUUAGGUAUGCUGCAUACAUUCGCACACUAAAUAUCUCGACCUGAAAUAUAUAGCUUGCAGUAUAAUAUUAUCUUAUGAAAGUUAAAAAUAAAAUUAUAGUCACAAAAAUAGUAAAUGUCUAAAUACAAAUAUAAUUUAGAUUUAUUAUAAUAUCAUGUUAUAUAAUAUACACAUUUUACACCAUUCCAAUCUCAUAAUUUGUAGACGAUAUAAUAUUAUAAAUUUUGCUUAUUUACUUUAAAUAUGUUAUUCAUGUUCUUUUAGAUAAUGAUGUUUAUUUUUUUAUAUUGUGAUAAUUUCUACUUUAAAUUUGAACAGAAAACUUAUAUUUCCUUUAAUGGGCGAAAUUUUUAAAACAUUUGAGUCAUUUUUGAGUUAUUUAUAGACAUUUUGUGUAAUUUUUAUUGGGUAGGUACUUUGUGUAAAAAAAUGCUAGACUAAACAGAAAUACUUUAAAAUUUAACAGGAGGUACAUUAUAAGUUGUGCUUAAUUGAAAACAAUUUCUUCGUGGUUUAUUAACAAUUUUUUGUCUUUGUACGUGAAUAUUUUAUUAUUACUUAUACAUAGGUUGUAUUUAAUUAGCCACAAUGUUUGAUUCCAACAGCAAAACAUUUUACGAGCUGACCCGGAUGGCAUAAAAGCAUUCUGAUAUCCGUUUCAGCACCUAGAAAAUAUUCUCCGUUUGUGAUUGGUCCGUUUCAAUCGCGUGCGAGCAGAAAUGCCAUAUUAUAUUGUUCUUGUAAUCUUGUGGUUAUAAUAUCGAUAUUUUUUCGAAGCAUUGAUGUAUGGUGUCUCAGUGGGGUAACACAGAAUUACGAAACCAUUGAAGUCGGGUUCGAUAUUGAUAAUCACGGAACACAUUUUUUUUCGUAGUAUUUUCCUGUAACCUACCCGGCGUGAUUUUGUAUAUCAAACCAAGAGUUAUUUUCGAUUUAGUUUUCAUUUGGACAAACGAAUAUAAUUUAUCGAAGACCCCUUGACCAAAUAAUUUAAAUCCUAUAAUAUAUUGAUAACAACAAUACAAUAUGAUACGUAACCAUAACGUACAUGGUAAAACACCGUGCUACGAUAAUCGUGGUAAAUUUGAAUUUACCGACAAGAAUCAACUAAAUACCGAAACGCAUCCCGGAAUGUUAACAUGUACCCUAUGGAUAAUAUUUACAACCUAAUACCGUAUUACAACAUUUAUAACAAUUUGAAUCUAACUUAUACACGGGAAAAUACGAUGACGAUAACUCGGAAGUGUUUGAAAAUCGAUAAAAUGUUUCGGGUUUGUUUUUCGCUGUUCCUACUUGUAUAAUAGGUACCGAUAUUACUCGCGCUUGAAUCUCAGCAAACUGACCAAAAGAAAAGGUUAACUCAUUUCUUCCCUACAUUACAACCGACCGGGUAUACAUAAUAUUAGUUAGUCAUAACUGAUACCUAACCUAACUUAUACCUCGAUGAGCCUGGUCGUUCGCGAUACUUUCCGUUAUGUUUUACUAAUAAUAUUAAGCACUUUUAAUGCGUUUCAGUGAAUUCUUGAUACACAACAAACUUUGGUACACGAUCGAUUAUAAUAGUAAUAAUAAUACAUAAGUAAAAUAACUCGAUAGUAUACUGUUUGCUAACUGUAUUAGUGUACAUAUAUAUAUAUAGAACAUGCGAUUGGUCGCAAUAAAGUAGAAGUAUAUAAAUUCAAGAUGGUAGGUUUUCGUGUGAGACGCAAUUUUAACGAUUCCUUCUCCGCUGAAUAUUACUAUAUAUUAGACUAUAUAAUUUGUACGCGUAUUAAAUGUGCGUUCAGACAAUCAUGUGUCUUUGUGUCACGGUUUAUAGAACUGUUGACAACUUGAACAUUUUAGUACUUAGUUUACAAGCGCCGAGGGAAAAACAACAAUAAUAAUUUGUUUCGUUUUACUUUGCAUUGUGCGUAUAUUAAUAUAAAUUAUAACCGUAAGUACAUAUUAUAAUGCGACUCAACAAUUAUAAACACGAAUAUAAUAAUAUUAUAUAAUAUACGCCACUGUUGUAGGUGGGUAGUUGGGAACGUAGGCUAUACAGAGUAGUUUAAUUUAUAUACUGUGCCUAUGCAACGAUAAAUUAUAUCAAACGAAAAAUACAUAUGAGUGGAAUAGUAUUAUUUGUUUUUUUAAUCUUGCUAUUGAAUAUUAUUGAUUAUUAAACCAACCUUUAAAUAGUAUAAAACAAGAUCAAUACCGCGUCUGCCUGUGUGCUUGGUUCUUAUAAACUACGCAAAGGAAUUUAAUACGGUUUUCACAAUUUAGAGAAUUUCUUUUGAAAGGUUUUUAUGUGUGUAAUACAUGCAUAAUAUAAUUAUAAAAGAUAGAGAAAAGUCGAUGUUUUGUAAUCAAAACGUAGAAAAAAUUGUUUCGGUUGUUUACAUUACUUACGCUGGAUAAACUUCAUUAGAUACAUUAAAAUAAUAUGUUCCAAAAUUGUAUAUCUUAUAAAAAACCUUACAAAAAAGUUUACGAUAUUAUUUGUCUAUCUACUAAAGUCCUUAGUAGGCAGCCCACAAGAAUUAUAAAUAUGAACGGUUUUUUUUGGAUGGAUAUUUGUUACCUCUUCACACCGAAACUACUGAAUGUAUUGAUGAUUUGAAACUUUGCAUAGAUGUAUUUAAAGAUUAGGAAUAACGUAUAGGUCAUAUUUUCUUUCCGGAAAUUCUGUCUGAAGUGUAUCUAUUACUGGGUUACUGGUAUUUUGAUACGAAAAUCGAAUUAUUUUUGUUGACAUAUGAGUUACUUUGUCGAUAGGAAUGAAAUAAAAAAAAAAUUUAAAACAAACAAAACACAAAAAUUAAUAAGUGUAAAGGCUGUAUAGAAUAUGGUUGUCACGAGGAUAACGAACAGUAGUUACUAUAGAAACUGGUUCAGUAUACAUACAUGUGAAAAUAAAAAGUAACCACAAUUUAAAGGAAAAAUAUAAAUCAUUUUUACAUUUAAGAUUAAUUAAAAUAUAUAAAUUAUUUUUAUCAAAACUUUUACAUGGGUGAUUAUUAACUAUGGAAAACAGUAAACAUAUUUAACUUUAAUUUUUCCCCAACUUUAUUUUCAGUGCCUAGUUAGUAUUUAAAAACGGUUAAUAAAAACUGAUUACAAUUUUGAUAUAGUUGAACAAAUCGUUAUCAACAAUUAAAUUUACCGAAUUCCAAAUCUUUUUCAACUUGUUUUCAACUUGAAUUUGAAAAUAAAUUUUAAUAUUUUUAUGGCCAGCUUAAUAAGAUAUUUCUACGAAUUUACUGUCCGAUUCCCAUUUAAUGGGGAGAUGUAUAGACGUUUUUACGGAUGAAUGUAACUCUACGGAGAUAGGGGUACCUAACUCUUUGGCAAUUUAAUAUAUUUAAUUAAAUAUUUAUAUAUCAAUAUAUUUUUUAUUCAACGAUAUUAUACAGCCCACAUUGAACUCAGUUUUUUAUUUGAUUUUAUUAAGUCAAUAAAAUAAAAACUUAAAAUUGCUUUUUUAAAUAAAGAUAUUAUAAAAGUAUAAAGUUUGAGAUUAAAAUACUGAAAAACUGAGUUCAAUGAGUGCUGUAAAAAGUUUUUUCUCUCCAACAAAAUAUAAUCAUUAGAAUCAAACCAUAUUCUACAAGGUAUUAGAGUUUUUCCGGUAAGGCCCUUGAUUAUUAAUAAAGUUAUGGUUAUUAGAAAAAAAAAUGUAUGAAAACGGUUUUUUGUAAUUUCGAUAACGAAUUAAAUAUUUAGAAAGUUGUAAAACGCAGAGACGUUCUGCGAAAUGUUAUCCUUUCAAAUUGUAUAAUAGGUGUUAUAUUUAUUUUUUUUAAAAACCUGUUAUAAAGGUCUUUUUAUUUGUUUUUCACGUACAUAUUUUCGUUGUUGCCCGUUAGAAAGAAAGAAAUGGCAAAUGUUUCCUUGAUUAACUAUUAACUCUUUAGUAGGUACCUACCUACCUACCUAUUUAUAGCUUGAAUUAUAAAUAUAAUAAUAAUAAUUAACAAUAUUCGUUAUCAAUGAGUUAUAAAUUAUAAUAUACAAACACAGUGAAUAAUAUUAAAUCAACAUUAUUCAUAAUAUCAGUAAUUGUAAUAAUAGCCAGUAAGUAUUCAAUAAACAGUCGAAUGGAUUAUAAGUAGGUACGUUUAGUUAACUUUUCCAUUAUAACAAUAAUAAAUAAAAUGUAUACGUAUAUCUAAUAUGCGCGUGAUAACAGAAUAUAAUAAUCACAGUACGGAUAAUGGAUUGUUAUUUAAUAGCACAAUAAUUAUAUAUGCCCAAAAAGGAAAAGUUUCUGCUCGAUUUAUUUAUUAAUUCUGUAUUGUGGUUGUUUCAAAUUACAAUGCAGUGUCGUAGAGCAUGGUGUUAAAAUAGUGAUAGUUUACGAUUAAUACUAAAUGUACAUUAAUAUGUUUAGGAUUUCAAAUGUCUGUAAAAUUAAAAUAGAAAAUAAUUAAAAAUAUUUAUACAAAUUAUAUAAUAUAUAAUCUGCUCACACUAUUUAUGGUAUUAUUGCACUGCUCUUUAAAAUUAGAGUCCGUCUCUUUUAAAUGCGAAGUUUUUUUCGGAAAUAACGAUAAAACAAAUCUAUACAUGAUUUAAACCAAACGUAUUAGACCAAUGUUUUGUCUGUUUUAGGUGAGAAGUUAAGAAAGUAAAAGAUAUAAUAGGGUUAUUUAGUUUAUAUACUGAAAGCAAUGAUAUCAAUAAUUGAAUAAUCAAUCAUAAAAAUGAUCCGGAAUAGACCUCAGUAAACUAGUAAGUUUAAAGUAUUCUUACUGUGUUAAUUUUACUCUCAACAAUCUCAUUCUCAACAAAAAAUAUUACCUUUGUAAUAUUAUUUUCAAGGAUUAACUCAUAUUUUCCUUCACUUCAAUUAUCUCAAUGGUUCUUUUCUUGAUCUCAUAUCUGUUAUUAAAGACCUAGGUAUUUAUUAACUCCAAUUCUCUCUUUAUACCACUAUAUCAAUGCCACGAUUGCAAGCAUACUUAAAUUAUUAGGAUUCAUUAAUCGUAAUUCUAUGAACUUCACUUCUAAUUCUUUUCUUCGUACUCUCUACUUCUUAUAAGUUCGUUCUAUCUUGGAAUAAGUGACAGUUAUUUGGCAUCCAUACUUGGCCCGUGAUCAGUUACAAAUAGAGUGAGUAUAGAACGGAUUUAUAGUGCUUACUGACUUAAAAUUAAAAAUCAAACAUUCUAAUUAUGACUGUUUUCUUAUAUUUUCCGCACUUAAUAUAAAAACUUCAGUUAAUCAUAAAUUCCUUUCUUGACGAAUCCCUAAAUUAUCAUGAUCUGUUCUUUUCUAUCUCUUCGUAUUACCUUCCAUUUUAGUAGAUGUCAUACCCUCUUCCAUCUACCACGCUAUUAUACUUCUUAAGGGUUUAUUAACCACUCAACAGAAUGUUGAGACGUCUCAACUUUUCAUAGUCCUGGUCAAUUUUUCAUUUCAACUUUUAACAAAUUAUAUCCAUAGUAUAUAAUUAUUAGUAGUGUAAUUAUUGGUAUAUAUAAUAAUAAUAAUUAUUGGUCCAUAAUAAUAAUUUGCACAAUUGUAACAAUUAUUAAUUGUUGUUCCAUUAAUUUAAUAUAAAUUUAUAUCAUAGAAACAAACUACACAUAUAAAGAAAAACUUCCAUUUAUUAUUUUACAAGAUAGAAUUUUAAAGUUUAGAUGUUAUAUUGGAAAGUGUACGAGUAUAUAUAGAGAAGAUUUAUUUAGUAAAACAUUUUGAUCGCUAGGUACCUAUUCAUUAUGUACAUAAAUUAUUAAUUUAUUAUUAUAGUAAUUAAUAUGUAUAUCGCGAUAGUAUUAUAGAUGUAUACAUUUAAUGUAUUCAAAAAUAAAGGUACCUUUAGUCGAACCAUUGGUCCCAGAGAAGAAGAACUUAAGUCAAUAUUGUGUAGUUUUCCAUACAAUGAAAUUAAAUUUCGAUGAUAUUGUUAAAUGUCUAAAUUGUAAAUGUUCUAACUCAAUUAUGGAUUUCUAAAUGGCUUAAUGCGUAAGUUAUAAAAUUAAAUGGCCAUUUUGACAAAAAAAUAAUACCUCUUUUAGAGAUAUUUAGAAUAUAAAGAUAUUUAAAUUUUCAGUUGUUAGAAUAAUACAUACACUUAUGUCAUUUAGACCGAAUACGUUACCAAAUUUAUAUGUUGGACAAAAUCUGUUUUCGUUUUUCUUGAUAUAUGUGUGUUUCAAUAAUUCUUUGGUUUUUCUGCUACCACGCGUGCAAGGUAUGUACACUGUACAGGUGUUCAUGAUAACGAUGAGUGGAAGCACUAUGUAUUAAAUUUACUAACUGUAAUAUUUCUUAUUUCCCGGGAUCAAUCAUUUCGAAAACAUAAACUAAUAAAAGAAAAUCAAUUCGACGUGUUUCCCCGUUCCCAUUCAUAUUUCUAUCACAGUUAAUCGUUUUUAUCUGGUAUUUUAUAUUUUUAAAAGGGUAUUUACCAUAUUCGCGUAUAUUAUCCAUAUCAUCAAGGUAACCUAUAUAAAUAAAAAAAAAAAAUUAACUUUUGUUUCAAAAAUAGUAAAGAUAAUGUAUUAAGCUACCCUUUAGGAAUUAAAUUUCGAGAUAAAAAGUAGAUGGCGUUCUUUCCCUUGAUAACGCAGCUGUAGUCGUAGAAGUAGUGGGGGUCAUGGAUAUAUUUGUCGGUGACGCAGCAGAAGACGUAGUAGAGGUUAUGAGCAUGUGUGCAUGCAUGUAGCAGGAAACAUACGUCACUACACAGAAAACUAAUUCUUAUAACUCUUUAAUUAAUCAAUUUUUGGAACUUCUAUCAUAAAAUGGGUCACAUAGAACACUAGCGUCUGAAAAAUAUCACGCAAAUCGGUACGAUAAAACUUCAAAUCCAAAGAAAUUGCCUCACGUUUCAAUAAUAUAUAAAGGUAAAGAUUACCUCCAAAAGCACGUGCUGCUUUUGUAGGUUGUAACCGCUAGUCAUUAUACGUAAUAUACGAUUUUCACGAGAUCCAUUAUUAUUAUAUCGAACCGAGUAAAUUUAAUCUGUAGAUACAACGUGUAAUAAAUUACCUAGCCCGUAGCCAGUAUAAUAUGCUUUCAUGUAAUGACGGAGGGGUGAUCGGAUUUACCUACAUAAUUUUAUCUACUUAUACUUGUAAAGUCGAAUAAGUCGAUUCCUCUCUUUAUAUAUCAUGUAUAGAUUUCGUUUUGUUAAGCCGAUUAUUUUUCGUUCGAGAAAAAAUAUUUUAUAUACACACGGUGCUACAAUGGCGUAUUUAGAAUUUCACUAAGAAAAGGGAUAUUGAAUUUGGGAAUUAUGCGAUAUUGUACAACGUAUACUUAGGCUCAAAAAAGAUCAAUUUUUAUUUUUGAUUUUAAUUUCAUAAUUGCUAUAAUUUAUAGUAUUAAUUGUAUAAAUCACAGCGACGUUUUUUGAGGAUAAUGGAAUUUAAACUGGGAAAGACUAAUGUCGGUUAGACGUUCUAGCUGAGGAAUUUGGUCUUGAGUCAUUAGCUUCUAGACGCUUCUUUAAUUAUGUAGCUUUUGUUUACAAAUUAAUUAAUGGACUAUUAUUUCGCCCCAAGUUUUAUUUAAAAAAAUAAUAAUUUUAAGGUACCAUCUUUUAAUUCGAGGAAUAACUCUCCUUUUUCUGUUCUUCAUUGCUCUAGAAACUUAAUUACUAACAACCCAGAGUAUCGACUUUUGGUCCGUUGUAACAGUAUAUUGAACUUUGAUUUUUGUUCCGAUUCGCUUGUCAGAUAAAAGAAUAUUGAAAUAAUUGUAUAAUAUUAGUUUAAAUAGUUUUAAAUAUUUAUUAAUUGUAAAAGUAAUAUUAGCUGUACUCAUUACCUCUUUGGGGUGUCAAACAAAUAAACAAAAUAAAAAAAAUAAUCUACCCUACAAUUAUAACUCAAAUGAAAUAAAUGAAUUUCGAAAACUUAGGUUAUUACUUACUAUCAAUAUUUUGUAAUUUAAUACUAUAAAUGUUUUGAUAAUAAUAUUAGAAAAAUCAAAUUAUUUUCAACCACCUCACAAUACUCUUAAUUUGAAGUUGAUUUCUAACCUGAUAAUAAUAUUUGGAUUCAACACCCUUAUAAACAUAAAAAAUGAUGUACAAUAUGUAAGUUAUAUGAAAAUUGAAAAAUACUUACACUUAUUAAGUGGAACUAAAUUUUAGAAAAUUGUAAUUGUUAGAUUUUUUUCCUUUUCUUAGAUACACUAUAAUACCCGCCUUUGUGAAAAAAUUCAAGUUAAAGCUUAAUAUUAAAGCAAUUUUUUGUAUUAUUCUUUUUUGGGCCUCAUUGAUAAGUUUAGCUUUGGAGCCUCUAAAUAUCUUUAUCUGUGCUUAAAUAUACAGAAAUAAAAUGAAAUUAGUUUUUGGUUUAUAAACCAAUAAUAAUAAUAAUAAUCAUGAAGAAAAAAAAUAAAAUGUAUAAAAUAACAUAAGAACGCCGUAUAUUGAAUAUAUACUCUAUACAGGGUUACCAUUUGGGGUGGGCUGGUGGGGUAUACACUCGCAUCCAAAUGCAAUUUAUAACCAUAAUUGGCUUAUAUGUUAAUCGAUACUUUCGCCGUGGUAUUGAAACUUAAAUAUUUCCUAUUUUUUUUUUAUUGAAAUUAUAUAUUAGUAUGUAAUAUUUAUAUUUAGUCUGACCAAUUUCGUUCUGAUUACAAUAUUCAUAUUGUAGACAUUAGACAUAGUGAAAUUACAUACAUUAUUGUUUCACUUUUUUAAAAUAUAGAACAUAGAUACAGAUUAUAUAGUUAUGUUUAAAUUCAAGAAAAAAAUGUUUCCACCUUUUUAUAAGAAACUGAAAUAUUACCUCGAUCUUUUGCGUUUUGGCAACGUCACGUUUUUGUUUUUUGAGUAUUAUAGAAAUUAUAGAAAAAUAUAGUAUUAUAGAAAUUCUGUUCCCGUAAAAUUAAAAUAAUCUUACUUCUUUUCAAUGUAUAUACUGCCGUCUUUGCACAAUGUCGCGGACUUUAAUGAUUGUUAAAUUAUUCCGAAUCCUGGUCGCAUUAUGACUAAGUCACACGCGAUAGUUUAAUGAAUAAAAUAAUAAUAUAAUACCUAUAUUUACUCAGCUAUUAUCCACAUCGAAUAUGCAUCAUCAGCAACCGCGUAUUUAUGAACUACGUGCGCUAACAGCAUAUUAAGCUGGGUAUACCCGGUACACCAAUUUAAUUUUUGAUUUCCAAAUCCUCCGACCCCGAAUGAUAAAUUUAAUUAUUGUAUUUAAUUAUUCCAAAAAUAGGCGUGUGAAUUUGAAUAGUCAGAAAUGAAUAAAGUGAUAUUGUAGUUGCGGAUUUUUAAUUUAAUCUCACUUAUAGUUUAACAAUAUGCAAUUUUAUUCAUAUCAAAGUAUUCAUGAUUUACUUUUAUUUGCUAUUUUUCUUGUCACGAAUCUUCAUGUUAAGAGUUGAAUUUCCAAUACACGAAUAAUACGAAAUUCGAUCCUUAAGUAUUAAAGGUUAUUUCAAUCGAAUAAAGACCAUUUAACAUACAAAACCUGCAGAAUACUAUAAUGAUUUUAAAAGUUAAAUUGAACGAAUUUGGAGAUUUUUAAAACUAUUUAAUUUUAUCGAAUUUCGGCUCUUGUAUAGUUAUUUGGACAUCGGAGAAAAUAAAUUUAUUUCGAUAUUAAUACACUUGUUUUAAUAAAAAUCAGAUCAAAAUAACUAUUUGAGUUUUAUUUGGUUUCUAUAAUAAAAUAGUUAAUACAUAUAGAGGUCGACUUCUAGUGAUUUUCAUCAAAACGAUUUAAUUUAAUUAAAUCUUGUUUUGUUAACGCAUUUAACUACACAUUAUUAUUUAACAGGUCUCACUUUAUUGUUAUGUAAAUUGUAGACAUAUAUUAUUUGUCAUUUUGAUUUUUUCGUUUAAAAUAUGUUUACAGCUGUUUUUGUAUAUUAAUGUAAACUGUAAAUAAUUUUAACACAACAAUACAAUACUUUACACCGAAAUAUAAUACAAUUCUUGUAAUAGGAUUUAAGUCCAUCGACUUGAAUGAAUAAAUGAACACUGUCGUGGAACGUGUGUUAGGAUGGCCGUAUAACUGUUUUGUACCGUAAAUUUAUUAAAAAAAUACACGUAAACCAAUAUCACUACAUAUAUUAAAAUAUAUACUAUAUAGGUAUAUAUAAAUUUUAAAAAAUACGUUCUAGGAUAAUCGAGACAGGUGCAGCCACUGUUAUAGGUCAUUUAAUGUAUAUCUGUAAGCAACGAUAAACCAUUGCUAACAAAAAUACGAUUCUGAGUGCCGUUCAGUUGAUAGUGAUGCUUUAUCAACAAUAUAUGUUAUUUUAUUAUAAAAUAAUUAAUUAGGCAUUAUAUAUGGUCUUUAAUAAUACUUGUUUAAUAUUGUACCGAUUUUACCGUUUUUCCCAUGUUUUUCCUUGGUUUUCCCAUUUAUCGAGAAAACUCCUGGGAAAAUCGAAAAAUUGCCUCCUCAAAGUACCUUUCCAGUCAGAUUUACUUUCAGAAAAAGUGCUAUAAUUUUUAAAUCAGAGCGAAAUUGCUGGUAGAAAAGUUGUACACAGAAAAAAAAUUCCAUAAUAUUGUUUUAUUAAUACCUACUUUUCUUACAUUUACCGUUUUUCCGGUUUAUUUUUAGAUAUUAUGAAAACCGCUUGAAAAAUUAAAAAGCGACCUACCUAAAUUAUCAUGUAGAUAAAAUUUCUUUUCAGAAAAUAAGCUACACUUAAUACAUUAGAGAAAGAUUUCUGGUAGAAAAGUUUGCACAACAAAUCGAGGGGUAUUUUGCGAUUAAAAUAGUCUAAGCGAACGAUGACUUGGGUCUCUAGGUACACCCAAAAUGCAUUUGUUUUUUUUCUCGUUUAGGUAAAAGGGGAGAAAAAAUGCAAAAAAGUUUCUUUCGACACACUGGUUUGAACUCGGAGAUCCCAUAGGAUGGUAAUAGGCAUGAAUAACCAUUUAGAUCACGACAAAUAUGCUUUAGAAGGGACAAUGUAAAGUAAUUUAACAUAACAUACAACAUCCACAUAAUAUCAGAACUUCAAAAAGCUAAUAUUUCGAAACUUAGUCCUUCUGCUCAAUUUUGACUUCAACAUGGUUCCUAAAUCGGCAAUAAACAUAUUAUGUUAAAAAAAAAAAUAAAAAUUGAAAUUUAGAUUUUUUCUAUCUUUUUUUUAUUCAGAUAGAUAGACUUAAUAGAUUAUAAGUUACUUAACUCAGGUUUGGAUCUGAAUACUUUUUUUCUUAAAACAAAUAAAUACAAAUGGAUGACGGUUUUAAAUUGGAUAUUUUUUCGAUGGUUAUUAUUACCUAGAUUCCAUUAAUACAGCAUAUUAAUGUACAUACAUUUUUAUAUAAUACAAAUAACAAUAAUAUUUUCAAAGUAUAAUAGAUAAUAAUCUUUUUCUCUUCUUUUUUAUUUUCUCCUUCGCCUUUUUUCCAUUUAUUUGAGGCAGGUCAUUUUCGUUCUAAACAUUCAUUUGACCCGAUCUCCCACUUCGUAUAGGGGUAAUGGGGCAUAGCCAAAAUGGUAAACAAUUUUAAUAACGAAUAAAUUUAAAUCUUGCUUACAUCAUACUGCAAAAAGUUGCCAAAAAAACGUGGCAUCAUAAAUAAGUGUAAAAGUAAAACGUAUUCGAAUAAUACUGAGAACAAGAGAAAUAAAACAAAUUUAGUUUAGAACCAUAGUCACAAUGAAGGUACGUACACAGCAUUGAAUCGUCGAGAAAUAAAUAAUUUACAGAAAAUAAAGAUUAGCGCAGACAACAUUGAUGACAAAAAUUCGAAAUGUAUUUUAAAUGUCUUUAAAAAUUUGAAUAACGAAAAUAGUUUACAUACAACUGACCUUAAUUAUGUUAGAAUAAAUGUGUAUACUACAUGAAAAUCAAUUUUGCCAUUAUUGGCUAUAAGUAUUGAUGAAAUUGUUGGUGCUAUAAAUUUAAUGAACAUAAAAAAAAACCGCUCUGAACAAUUAUUUGUUUUAUUAAAUGGUAAAGAUAGCCAGGCUAUCUUAUUAUAGUAUUUUCAUGUGUAACUAAUUUAAAAUUUCUCUAUUCUAUUGAAUAAAAUAUUAGUAGACCGUACUUCAUAUUAUUGCACAAAAUAUUUUUUUCAAUUAUUUACAAUUUGUGGUUAUAAAAAUCAAAAUUAUGUACCGUUAGUUUUCGUUUUGCUUCCUGACAAACACAAUCAAAAUAAAUACGAUCAAGGGGAAAUUUUACGUUAUGAUUUUAUUUUAAGGACGCGCUACAAAAAAAAAAAAGUUAAUAUAAUAAGACUGAUUUUUUAAUAAAAUUUAUUUAUGUAAAAUAUUAUAAUGAAUUAAUAAUGAAUAAAAUACUCGAUUCUAUAAUAAAAAAGUAUUUUUUAUUAUAUACCUAUCACUUUUUUUUAUUUUAUAUUAAUAAUUAUUUUAAUUUUUUUUUUUUAAAUAGAUUAUUGAAUAUUAUGUAUUAAUGUUUCACAACUUACAUAACUGGUAUUAUUAAUAUGAUUAACCUUUUUUUAUUCAAACUUUCCAUUAUACUAUCCAUGUAGUAUAGGAGAUUGCACUAUUUCUAUAACAUGACGUUCGACCGCACUGCAACUGUAAACACCAUAAGCAAACAACAAUAUAAGGAUUGGUGGAGUGAGCAAUGGAUACUACAUUUAUUUUUCUUAAACUAACUAGUUUUCUGCUCGAACACUUGAUAUUGACCGGAUCGUUCCACUAUUUUAAGUAUUAGGUGCCUAUAGUAAAUACCAGUACUAUUUAAUUAUAUACAUAUUUUUAUAUAGGUAUGAUUGUAAUUUAAAUACUAACCAGUAUACUUAGCACAAAUAAAUGUACCUAUGCUUAUUUUGUUUUUAGAGAACUUUGCCAAAUGGUCUAUUAUUUUUAAUGCGUUUUCAAUGAAAUGAAUAAUAUAAUGUACAUUAGUUUUACUAAUAUAGCAAAAAUUAUGGUGAGACAUAAGCUGGCCGUGAGAAAGCAGUUGUGUCAAUAUUACAGUAUUAUAAUGUAGACGUAUAAUAAAAUAUAACCAGUUUGUUAGGAUUCAACGAAUAUCGAAUCUAAAUAAUUGGAAGUUCAUCUGGAAAGUUUACGUGAACGUAUUCUGUUUAUUGCAUGUUUUCGAUGCAAAGGUCAAAAUGUUGAAAUAUUUUCUUUUUUAUUAUUAUAACAUUAUGUAAUUGACCCAAUGUUUGUUUUCAUAAGACUAUUCAUUUCGAGACUGUAUGUAAUUGGAAAAACCGUAAAUUGUCUUGUUUUAUUCCUCAUCCAUGUGAUGGAUAUGGAAUACAUGUUUUUAAUGUAUACCUACACUUUCGGAUUUGAUUUACAUCGUAUUAAUAUUUAAUUUCAUUAUUUUUUGGGUAUAAUCGGUUUUAAAUAAAACGCUUCGUAUUUUUUUCACGUGUUAAUAUGAUGCAUUAUUAUUUUGUAUUUUUUUCGAGAGAAAAUAUAAUUUAUAAAUUUAAGUAGAACUUUUUGUCCAUACGAAAAUGGUUCGAUCAGAUUUUAUGUAAAAGGCGAUGUUAACAACUUUGAAGGGCAUAAAAAGGUUAAAAAUAAAAUGGCUAUGCAAAUAUUAUCGGUGUGUAAUUCAAGUGAUUGACGUUCAUAUGUGAGCUGGGCAGCGGAUACGUUAAAUUAUGUUAAACGAAGACAACACCGGCUGAAUACGAUUAAAAUAGUAUGUUAUUUUAAUAGAAAAUGUAUUUUUAGUCUAAUCCAUUCAGUUCUCGAGGUUUUGGUUAGUCCUAUAUAAAAUGUGUGCUCCCAACGGGCUUAUAACACGUCAUGGAUUUUGAAUAUGAAAAUCGAAAUUGUUAACUUCAUUAUUGAUUUUUAUAGUUUCCAGUAAGAAGGUACAAAGGGCAAAAUAACAAAUUCAGUUUUCACUAUGGGAAACCUACAUAAUAUUAUAAACUUGAUUUAUAUUAUAAUUUUGUUGCGUCACAUAUAAUGCAAGCAACGCUAGGUAAAAUUAAAUCUCUGAAUGUGAAUUUCUGAAACUAAUAUAAAUUCGAUUCAUUCAUUACCCCCUGAUAUGUAAAUGUGGACAGAAUAUAUAUCAGCUAUAUAAGAAAAUAUUAAAAUGUUUAGGUUUUGAAUACUUGUCCAAGGAAGCGUGUUAGCUACGUGAAAUAAUUAGGUUAAGUUGACAAACUUUAUAAAUUAUGUCACUGUAUAUUCUGUAUUAUUUUGUGGUGCUUGAGUACAGAUUGGUCGCGAGAAUCCGUGUUAGAAAAACGAUGCAAUUGAUUUUAUCGCGUCUAUACGAUCUGUCGAUUUCCGACUGUCUAUAAACUAUAAAAAUAAUUUCAGCCAAGAAAACGCGGAUUGUACAAAUAAAAAAAAAAAAAAAAAAAAACAUGUUUUCUUCCUAUUUGUAUGUACAUUUGGUUUGUUUCAUUUUAUGGCCUUAAAUAAGUCGAAUCGGUGGCGUUGUGUAAUAAUAUGUGCUAAAUAAUAAGACGACGAUGGUUUUAACCUACGCGACAUGUACAUAUUAUAUUAAAUAUAUAAUAUAAAUUAUUAUGUACGUGCUUACGGUUAUAUAAUAUAAAUCCAAAACGGUUAUUUCCAAUAAUUUGCGGUUUGUCCUGUGUAUGCCGUUUCAAAUAGAGGGGGACUCAAUCCUUUUAUUAAAUAAAUACUAAGUAUUAGUGCCGCCGAACACGAGGUACGUCUGGUCAAAACCUGGAUAUUUUUGGGGAUGGUGUUGGUUGACUAAUUCACACCAAUACACUAGUUCACAACAUUAUUUGUUUGAGUUUUGACUAAUGUGUUGGCACAUAAUGUAAUAUUUGUUAUAUCUUCGUGUUAGUCAUAAUAGUCGAGUUCCGUGGUUGUAAUACAAAAUCAUGAUUUAUGCUUUGAGCUGAUAUUAGGUUAUUAUAGCACUCAAAAUUCGUGCAAUCAAAAUAACGAAAAAUGUAAAACUACAUAUAAUAUAUUGUCAUAUCAUCCUUAAAAAACUUGAGUCGUCCUUCAUUCCCUGGUUGAUAAUACAUUAUACCAUCCAAAAAAUGCAUACAAAUCAAUAUAUCAUACUUUACAUCAGCUACUUGUUCUUGUUAUUCUAUUAUUAUUUGUUACUCAGUGAAAUACUUAGGAAAUUAAAUUUGUAACAAUAUGAGGUGGAAAAACCAAAUAAAUGUUUUGUGUAAACAAAUUAAAAAAAUUAUUUAUAUUUUUAGAGAUAACAUCUUAAACAUAAAUAAUGUAUUAUAAAUAUAUUUAACUUCAGUAGAAUCAAUUAUCUCCUAUGGUAUAGUUUGAUGGGACUGUAUAUUGAGCUAAAGGUACCCAUUAAAAAAUUAUACUAUACAACUAUUGUUAUAUUUAUUAAAUCCUAUAGCAUAUGGCAUCAUACUCGAUAUGCUAAAAAGAACUUCAUAGUAGAUUGGUUGAAUAAAACAACCUCAGGAAGAAAUAUUCAAAUAUUUGGUACCGAAAUAUUUAUUAAAAAUACCUAUUGAUAUUUUAACUUCUCAUAUGGAGUAUUUAGAAAAAAAAAUAAUGUUUAACUGAUUAUUAAACACGGAUGAUUUAGUAUAAGAAAGAUAUAUUACACACUUUAUAAUAUUAUGUAUGCAUUCGUGAUAGUAUUUCGUUAUCUAUAUUCUUAGUUGAUUGUUUAUAUUUAUUCUUGUUAUCGUGUUCUUAUUUUAUUUUAUUUUUGUAUGAUAUUCAUCUUAGCAUGCAUAAUUAUAAUCAUAUAUAUUUAAUUUAGAAAAUGUAAGAACUCCCGGACCUCCACAUAAGUUUUUCUCAGUGUUGUCCAAUAUUCAUUGUAUGAAAUUCAAAUAAUGAAAAAAAAAAAUAUAUUAAAAAUAUUAACCAGACCGUAUCAAAACGGCGCUAUUGUUGAAUAUACAAUAUUAUCGAUAAUAAUCAAUAACUUAAGUCCUUUCAAAAUAUUUGGGUUAUUUGUGCCUAUAUGGUUAUGUUCAUAUCCAAAAAAAAAAAUCCCAUUUGUAUACAUGCGUAUUAUGUAUGUUUCCUUAAAAGUUUACAUACAUGUGUAACAGUGUGUGUGUAUGUGUGUCUGUGUGCGUGAUGUGUAUUGUAUAUACGGCCGGAUUAAAAUAUGUCAUGCGGAUGUGUUGGAUAUAAUAACUACGGAUGCGUUCGGAUUCGCUGUCUAUAUAUUAUAAUAUUGUAAUACGAGUGCGCAUCACACACGCUCACGUAUAUCGUAUAUAAUUGAAUUUAAUUGAAUUAAUCCGUUUACGGUUUAAUUUUAAUGUGUGCAUGUAGUCGUCGCAACUGGUUAGGUUUUGCUAAUUUGUGAUGGAAUCGUAUUCGUAUCUAUAGUCUGCCAAUUGAAUGGUCUAAUGGUUUAACAACGUUUCUGAAGGGAUUGCACGCCGGAAUAUAAACUUCUUUUUGCUAAUUUUAUGUUGAAUUUUCCCCGAAAAUAAAGACUAUUUAACUGUAUGUAUAUAAUAUAUUAUAAUAUAUAUAUAUCUUCUUUUUCUGUUUUACCUUCAUCCCAACUAUGUAGGGUCGGCCAAUAUAUUAUGAUAAUACAUACAUGUAUAUAUCUUUUUCCUGUUACUUUUAGCGGCUCUCUCUCGAAUAAAUGAGCUAAAAUUAAAAAAUUAGUUUUUUUUAUAGGCGGAUUACAGUGAUAACAUUUUUUCUAACUAAUUUUAGUAUGGAUUUCACCAUGUUGAUGAAUGAGGAGGAUGGUUUUUUAGCUUUGUAUGCAUCCCUAUACCCACUAAAUUAAAUAAAUGUAAUGAAAUCAUAUAUAUAUAUAUAUAUUGUUGUAUGAUUCAUGUUGCAAGUAUCAAGUAUUCAAGACUUUUUGGGGUUUUAACUUUCAAUUCCACCUAUACUAUUUUUAUGAUCGGAUUUCAUCAUUUGUUUGGAAGUUAUAAAGUUAUAGUAAAGUAUAGUAUACUUAAGUUCUAUAAUACAAAAAAAGUGUGAGAAAAUUAUAUUAUAGAACUCUGAUGGUCACAGGUAUUUUUUAUUCUAUUUGAAAUAUAUCUAUACACUCAGAUCUAAAGCGUGCCCUUCAAUAACAGGUAAGGAUUGAUUUUCAAUCAGUUGUAUUCCACAUUAUUAUAUUACAUUAUAAUUAUAUGUGAAAAUACACCGCAGGAGAAACCGGUAAUUAAUGCGUAUGAAUAAAUAUUUCUUUAAAUAUUUCAUACAAAAAACAAAUUGUAUAUUUGCAGUUUAAACAAGAAUAUAAAGUAAUUGUUAAAAACAUAUAAAUAAAGUGCCGGUAUACCUAUGUAAAUUCUCACCCUUUUGUACGGUCACGUCUUAAUGAAAAAAUGUAACAAUUUAAAUAUUAAAACAGAAUGUAGGUAUGCCGUGCCGGGUCCACAUGGUGGCGAGGGCAAUAAAAUUAAAACUAAAGAGCGGUGACCUUGUUUUUAUAAUAUACAUAAAAUUUGUCUCGUCCGUUAUGGAAAAGUUUAAUUUGGGUGGUGUUUUGGGUAAAUCAAAACGAAAAUCACUAUGCACUUGGCAUAAUAUUUAGACAAUAAUGUAUUUAAGAAUUUAAAUGCAUUCACGAUAAACAAGUUUAGACUUAUACGAUUAAUUAUAACCAGAAAUUUAACCCGUUUUCUAUAGCACCUAUCCGUUUACAAACGUAUAUAGUAAACAAUAAGAUGAUGCGUGGUAACCUUAGAUCAUAAUAAUACUAUAUUGUGUAUACUAUAGUGUAGUAUAUGUGUAGUGGGUUGGUAUUAUAGUUGAUUUAUUUCAAAAAGUAAAAAUAUGGUUUUUGAUACAUUUACUUGUUGAGUGGUUCAUAUUUCUAAAUAUUUAAGAAACGAAUAUUAUUUUUAAAAUCAAGUGGGCUUAAUAUAUGGAUCGGAAAUAUUUCCCCCCCCCCCCCCCAAAGAAAAAAAAAAAUAAAUACAGGUUUCCAAUAUUAUACAUUUUCUAUCAAAAAAAAAAAAAAAAUUAUUUUCCUCCAAAUAUUUGAUUUAAUUUAUUUAAUAAUUUAAUUUCAAUAAAUAGCACCAAUCAGUGCUUAACUGAUGUAUACCUGCUAAAUGCUUAUACUAAAUUAUCUUUAAAGAGAUUAUAUGAAAUUCAUUAUAAUUAUGUACAUAUAUAUAUACAUAUAAAUUGAUAAACAUUAUCCAAACUCCAAUCUUAUAUAAAUGUUCAGAAAAAUAUUCUUAAACAGAAUAUGAAAUAUAGACUAUAGAGGUUAUGAAUUUUUUAUCAUUAAUCAUAUGUUUAGAUAACCUAUAUAAAUUAUUUAUUAGAAGGGUAGCAAAUUUCUUAUUUGGACAAUAGGGGAAAAUGAUAUUGAUUUAUGUAUGUUUCAGUUUCUAAACGAAGCGGGGAAUGUAUUGGUUUUGCAAUUAUGCAUAAUUUUUUUUUUAUUCCUAUAAAUAACUUUUAUACCAGAAAUAUUAUAAUUUUGAAAUUAAAAUAUUACAACAGACCUUUUAUGUUGCAUUUUAAAUCUAGUUAGUGCAUUAAUGAUGCCAUUUUUUGAUUUUCUAUGUGUUUUUCUUAUGAUAAUCCGUAAAAAUGUUGUAAUUCAGUUACAAAUAUUCGUAGAGAGUAGACAUUUUGACAGGAAACUUAUAUUUGCCUUUUUUAGACGUAAAUUGUUCGAGCUAAUUGCAGUCCGGGAAGGUUUUUUUUAUAUAGUUGUUUUUAGUAAGUUCUGAGGAUAUAAUUAUUUGGUUAUUCAGAAAUGUUUGAAAAUUUAAGACUAAAUUCAUUAUAAGUUGCAUUUUUCGUGGUCAAUAAAAUAAUAUUUAUAUAAUGGAGUAAUUUUUUAAAAUUUUUUUUAUGGUUUUUAGAUCAAAUAUAUGAAGAAAAUCAUAAAUAUAACGGCCUUAUAAAUUAUGUUUAAGCAAACUUCGCUCAGAAUAAUUUUUCGUUAGUAAUGGUUUGUCAUUGCUUACUGAUAUGAGUUAAAUAUUUUAAUAAUCGUAUGUAUCAUACCUUCCAAACUUCUUACCUACAGCAAUAGUGCAGCCAUCAGCAGUAUAAGUUCUUUUUGUUGGAUUUAAAAUCUAGUAAUUUGGUAAAUAAAUAAGUCACUUUUUGAUUUUUAUGCAGUUUUCUAAAUAAUUUGACAAAACCGGGAAGAAUCAUAUUUUUAUUUUGUAGUUUUGAUAGAUGUGGAUACAAUUUUUAAUUUAACUGAAAUGCUUGAUAAUUUAAAAUUAUAAGUUUAACUUGGUAAAAAAAAAUUGUUGAGCCUAAUGUUGUAGUUUUUUAUACUCGUUUUAAUAUUUAACUUUGACGAAAUUAGUAAAUAUUAGGGCAUUUUAAAACACGUAAAACGGAGCUUCGUUCAGAAUGGUAUUUCGUUAGUAAUUUUUUAACGUUAUUUAUAGACAUAAAUUAAAUCAUUUUGUGUAUUCUACCUUUUUACCUUUCCACCUACAACAGUGGCACACCCAUCAGCAGUAUCAGUUCUUUUUGUUUGUUUUAUUUUAUUCAUUAAUAACUCAUUGUAGACUACGGAGAUAGCUCAUUAAUGUUGUGAGCGGCUAAUGCUUACACUCAUGUAUUAAGCCAAUAAUAUAUUCAGUUAGAAUAAUUAUAAUUGGCCAUAACUACAAUUUGUUUUUAAGAUCUAAGUAACCAUGUCUUCACAAACUGUGGUUACCCAUCAGUAGUAUGCGCUAUUUCUUUCCCUAGGUAAAUUUCUACGACCAAAUAAGUUUAGAGAUAUUUUCUUUAUUCAUCCAAAACAUCUUUCUAUAAGAUGUUUUCUUUAAUUAUGCGUUUAUGCAAUAUGUUUAACUGAGAAAAUCGAUAAAAUUAAGAUAUAAAUUUAAAAGAAGCGGAAAUAUUAUGGUAACUUUUUUUUUUUUAAACAAUUUCUAAAAUUAUUGAUCGCUUAAAAUGUUGUAGUAUAUUGAAUAUUUAAUAUUGUAUUCAAUAUAAUGCUAUAUGUUCUCAUCACGGAUACCACGGUUACUACAGGUUACUUUCGAAAAAAUUAUUAUUCAAUGACGAAACGACCUUUUUUCAUUGUAAUUGUGUUUCAAUCGACACUAGCAAAACCUUGUUGUUGUUAUUAUUAAUAUUAUAAUAAUUAGUUUGUGUGGAAUCUAUUUAAAAUUUAAAAUUAUAAAUGCAUGUCCCGCAUAACUGAUUUAGGUAAUAAUUAAAAAUACGAACUAUAAUAAUAUACACCUUUAAGUAUGCCAGUUUACGCUUCUCUGUGCGGAAAUUAUAGCUGCACAGUGUACCGCGUCAAAAAAAAAAAAAUAUAUAUAUGUAUAUAUAUAUAUAUAUAUAUUUCCAUUAUCCCCUUUAUCAUAGUUUUACUCUUCAUUAUUAUUGGCAUCUACCUAAUUAUUCAUUUACUGCUCGAAAAAAAAAUAAUACAAAUAAUUGAAUAUUAUUCGAAAUAAUGUUUUGUAAAAAAUUAUAUUAAUAUCUCUAGUGUUGUUGCUAGUAUGUAGUAACUCCAUAAAACUCUUCUGAAUUUUGUGUACCAAUCUAUUUGUUUGACGAUCACACACCUUAGAAAUUUAUAUUUCUUUUCCUACUAAUGAUGCUAUUAUUUUAAGAUGCACUUUUAAAGUUAAAAUAUUCAUCACAGUUCUUUUUUUUCGCCUCAAAUAAUUUAAUGACUUCAUUAACAUCUAAAAAUUCAUUCACUAAAUAAGUAUUGUUGAGGACUCUGUAGUGAUACAAUGGAAACAAAUUUGCAACUAUUUCCAAAUUCAUAAAUAAAUUACUUAUUUUUAUAACAUAAUUGAAACUUUUGCUUUAAUUGAUAUUUCACGAUCAAGGACUUCUCUUAGUGAGAAUUUACAAUAAAUGGAGAGAAUUCACUAAAAUGUAUAAUUAAAUUGUGAUGAAGGCUAAAGCCUUUUAACCCCUCUUUACUUUUAUAUAAGAUGUAAAUACACAUUUAAAUAAAUGCACAGUUGCUUUUGAGAUAACUUUAUUAAUUGUAUGUUUUCGCUUGUUACCAAGAUAACCCAGAAAUCAACAAGGAAAAUAAAUAAUGACCUUUACAAUGUAUCAAAAAUGCUACAAAAAAGUUUUGAAGAUUUCUGGUAGCAAAAAUUGUUUACAGAUACAAAAAAAAAAAACGAAUCAAAAUAUAACUAUAAUAAAUACAAUUUCUCGAUUCGCUUAGAAUCUAAAAUUUCACAUGAUUCAGAUACGGGUAUAGUUUGACUUCAAACGUUAUAUCAUCAUACUAGAAUAAUUAUUAUUUUAUAGUAAUAAUAUCAAUCAUAACAUUCGUUACUGAAUGUUGUUUGCCAAAGGAUGUUUGUAUAUUCUGUCUGCGGAGGAGCAUCGCGGUGUUGGGGAAACGUACAUUUCGCGCCAGAUGUUUGAAUGUAUUUGCGGGUAAAAUUUGGGUGUAUAUAUCUAGGAUAACAUAAUAAUAUUAUGUAAAUUUUGUUCCGAUUUGUUUGUCUUGAUAAAAAGAAGUUAGAGGGGGAAAGGUCUACAUGGUAGCCGGUUUAGUUUAAACGACAAAUAUUCACAACGUGUCAAAGCGUUACCGAUUUCAUUGUUUUUAAUUUUUACAAAUUAUGUUUUCAAACAGGUUGCUUUAAUCAAAAAAAAAAAUUCCAAAUGUUAUUUAUCAUUUAAUUUUAGAUCUAGAUUGAUGCUUAAGAAGAAAGUAAUUUCUUGAUUUUCCUGUAGUUAUAUUAAUAAUUAGAAAAAAUGAAAACUGAUAAAUUUACGAAGUUAAUAUUUCAUUAUUUUGAAUUUGUACGCUUUAUGUUUACUACCAGAAUUAUUACUCCAAAUAAAAACAAUUAGAGACCACUUUUGUAGCAUUUUAGAUUCCGAGCAUAGCAAGGAAGCUAUUGGUUUUAUAAUGGUGUUUAUAUUUCUUUAUUGUUUUUUUCUUUUUUUUAGUGUGUUGUACGUUUUUACCUAGUAAACUUGCUCCAAUUUUUACAUGUAGCAACUUUUCUGAAAGUUCAAGUUGUCUAAAUUCUACUUUAAAAGGGUUGUUUUAAUUUUCGACAUUUUUUAAAUAAAAGAACCUAAAUUGGAAAAAAACGUAGGAAAACGUACAAUUUCACGAUUUCAUUAUUUAAAAAAAAAGGCGAAAGACGUUUUUUACCCGAAAAAAUGAUUGAAAUUACAAAAAUCACAAGAUAUUUUUUUCGUUGUCUUUUUGAUAUACUUUCUUACGGUAUCAUUGCCAAAACUUUUGAGCUACUUUUAAACUUUUAAGGAAUUUUAAUUUUUGGGAGUUUUUGCUGUAAUUUGGUUAUAAAUACACGUAGAGACUUGAAACUUGGUAAUAAUUCUUAUAUUGGACUUACAAUAAACCAUUGUUUAAGAAAAAACGAUUCUGAGCGGAGUUCAGUUGAUAAUAAUGCUUUGUCAACAAUAUAUUUAUUAGUCAUUUAUAGUAAAAAAAUUAAAUAGACUUUAUAUAUUUUCUUUAAUAAUAUUUGUUUAAUGUUGUACCAGUUUUCCUACGUUUUUCCAGUUUUUCCUCUGUUGUUUUCGAUUUUUUAAAUUUAAUGAGAAAACUCCGGAGAAAGUCGAAAAAUUAAUUCUCUAAAGUAUCUCCCUAGUGAAAUUUCAUUUUAGAAACAUUUUUGUCAUUAUGAGUUGGAGUAAAAUUGCUGGAAGAAAAGUUGUGCACAAAAAAUAAAAUCGUAAUAUUGUAGUAAUAUAUUUCAUACAUAUUCGCGUUUUUUUUUUUUUUUUUUGAUUUUUUGCUUUUGAGAAAAUUGAAAAAUAUCCUUAACGUACCUCCCUACACCGAUUUUCUUUCAGAAAAAUUGCUAUACUUAAAAAUCCGAGCAUAUCUUCUGGUAGAAACCACUCAAAAUCUACAAAAACAUAGAAAUAUUUAGAAAAUGUACGAAAAUUAUUAUUUUAUUAAUUUAAGUUUUGUUUUUGUAGUUAUAAUUCAGUUAAAAAUAUUUGUAGGCACUUGAAAUUUUGACAGAAAAUUUAUUUUUGCUUUUUCUAAACGUCGUAAAAUUUUUAAAACAGUCAAUUUUAAACUAUUUAUAGACAUUUUAAUUUUAUGAGUUUUUUUUAUGUAAUUUUUAUAUAGAAAUACUCGACAAUUUUAUAAGUAGUUCGUUAUGAAUCGCACUUUGUGAUGAAAAUCCUAAAUAUUACUUCAAAUCACGUUUAGGUAAAUUAAGAAUAGUUAGAAUAGUUUUUCUUUGGCAAUAAUUUAUUGUUGCAUACAGAUAUACAUUGAAUUCAAGGAAGGUAGUAACCUUCUCCCAACUUGUCACCUACAAUGGCAGUAUACCCGUUCCCAAUAUCAGUCCUUUUUUUAAAUUCAUAUUAUGAGUGCUUUGAAAUUUUUUUUUUUAUGUGGGAUAUAAGGAUUGGAGCCAAUCGGAAAAUAGGAUUAGCAUAGGUUCUCUAACAAUAGUUUACCAUUUUUAUUUUGUUAGCCCCGUUAUAUCGGUCCAGCGCGCGUGAUGGCACUUCGUAACGCGAAAAUAUAGUGUUCAAUAGCGAAAUUUAUCAUGGUUUGUUUAAAAAAAAAAUCCAAUUAAUAUUAUAUACACAAUAUAUGCACUACGCGUAGGUAUACGUUAUUCACUCGUACACACAAAAUCUACAAUCAAAAUUCGGGACUUAAAAUAUAACAAAAAAAAUGGGCCUAAAUAUUUCGGCCGAGUAACCUUGGAUUUAAAUUCAAUUUUUGGGAAGUGAUAAGGAAAAGGUAGAUAUAUAUAUACAUACUGAAAUAUACAUUUUAGGAUAAAUUUCAAAAUUCAACUCUUUCGCUGCGCGUGGGUGAAACACAAAUUACAUUAUUGAAUAGCAACCCUACUUUUAACUGGACACACUAAAAUUUUCCUAAGCAACUUCAAUAAUUAAAAUCAAAACAAUUUAUUUUUACUUCAAAAAAGUCCCAAGACAACCUUCUAAAGUAAUUAUGAUUUUUUCAUAAUUUUUCAAAAAAUGUAAUAUGCACGACUUUCAAAAAUUAGACUACCUAUACUAAUAAAAGAAAAACAAAAUUCUUAAAAUGGUUAAUACUCGUCAAUAAAUAUAUUUAAUAAUAAUAAUUUUCUUGUUCACGACAACCAAAUUGUCACCAAGGUAGCCCAUUAACACACACAAUUUAAAUAAAUAAACAAUUAGAUAUUUGUACCAAAAAUAUCUAAACACCUAAUUAUUGUAAUUUUCGUAGUGAUUUCUAAUUAUUUUGAAAAUAAAAUACAGCUCAUGUUACUCGCUGAUAAUCUUUUUAUAAGUAGAAGAAGUUUUAAAAUCGGUUAAGUAGUUUUUGAGCUUAUUAAUUAUAAACGUACAAAAAAAUUGUAUUUCUUUAUAAUAUUAAUAUAAAAUUAUUAUUAUUAUAUAGAAUAGAACUGUUUUAAAUUUUUUAAAAAAUCAAUAACAUUUAUAAUGUUAGUUAUAGAUACAACUAUUUUAUUUAUUUGAUUAUUUUGAUUGUUUACUUUUAUUUAUUUUUACUUAUUUUUAUUAUUAUUUUAAACAUCUGUUAUCAGAAAAAAAAAUCCGAAGCUAUAAUAUGCUAGAAUUAAUAAAGUUAAUAACACUAUAAAUUGUUUUGUGAAAACGUGAACAUGGAACUAAGAGUUUAAACUAUGAAUUUUGAGUUCGUAGCCUCGAAGCUAUAAAGGCAGAUAAUUCUGAGGAAAGAGAGCGAUUUUAAAAUCCAUAGAGGUAAUGAGGUUUUCUCCCUUCCAUACAAUAUUUAUAAACCUAUCCGUUAUUAUUUUUUGACAUAUUUUGAUUGUUAUAUUUCUAAAUUUUCGGCUAAAUCUUACUUGAGUUUUACGAAACUACUUAUUUUGAUCAGUAUUAAUUGCGGUAAAGUAUGAAGAUAUUUUUUAUUUCCGAUAUACUUAUAAUAUAAUCAUUUUUUAAAAUAAUUUUGAUGUUUUCGAUAAACAUAAAACGUCGAUGUGACUGAGGAAUAUUAUAUUUUACUCAGCUCCACGUAUUAUUACUUUUUAUUUUUCCUAAUGGUAUAUAUAUACAUAUUGUUAAAUAUUAUGCAUUUACAAGUAUAUGAUACUAUGACACUAUUUUGUGUUAAACAUACAGAGUAUUAAUUAAUUUUAUUUACUUUUCUACCAGAAAUCUUACUCCAACCAAAAAAUGACUUUUUGAAACUUUUUUUUCGUACAUUUUGCAACUAAUUGGUGCAUUGAUGAGGUAUUUUUUAAAUUUCUAUGCCGUUUUCAUAAUAAUUGGGAAAAACAGGAAAGACGUAUAGGAAAAACAAAAAAAUAUAUACGUCACAUUGUUUACGAAUUCGGUAUUUUAAAUGUAUAUAAUUUAUAUUUCCCACCAGAGAUUUUACUCUUAAUUUUAAUCGCAUUAUCUUUUAUGAGAAGAAAAUGUAUUUCGUAAGCAAUGACUCAUCAUUAUUUACUAAUAUAAAUCAAAUAUAAUUAUAUGUAUUAUGAUACAUAUGUAUUAAGAAGGUAUUAUUAUAAGUAUUAGGAAGGUAGGCCUUCCUAACCUCCCAAUUACAACAGUGACAUCUGUUCCUAGAUCUUUCAGAUCUUUUUUUUACUUAAUUUAGUGAAUUGUUAUUUAUUUGUUAAUAAAUAAAUAUCCUGAAUUAUUGACCCUACCCAUUUAUAAUAUUAUUGGUAUACAAACAUAUUUAUGUUCUAUUAAAUAACAUUAAUUAUGAUAAUAGGAUAUUUUUACAAUAAUUGUAAAAAUAUUAAAUUAUUGUAAAUUAUUUACGUCGAUUCGUCAUAUACAGGGUAUUUGGCGAUUAGAGCUGAUUGGGUGCAACGAGAUCACGGAGGCAGGUCUUUGGGCAUGUCUGACGCCCAGGAUCAUUUCGCUGACUCUAAGUGAUUGCAUAAACGUGGCGGACGACGCGGUUGGUGCCGUUGCUCAGAUGCUGCCCGCUCUCAACGAAUUCACGUUGCAAGCCUACCACGUCACUGAUGCCGCCCUAGGAUUCUUCUCGUCCAGACAGUCUAGCAGCCUAUCUGUGCUGAGAUUGCAGUCAUGCUGGGAACUCACCAACCAUGGCAUUGUAAAUAUAGGUGAGUCAAAACGCUUCUAAACGAAAUAUUACUGUUACGGAAUAAUAAUCAAUAACCAUAAAAUUAAAAUAAGGACACAUAAUAUUAUGUAAAGAUUUAGAAUAUUUAAUUUAAUUAUAAUAUUUUUAUUUUAUUUUUAAAUUAUCCAUUACUCGUAAUAAUUCUUAUACUCGUACAUACUUAACCCAACAUACCUAAACCUUUGUCUUAGCGAUCUAUAGUUAUUUAUGUUUUAACUAAAAAUAAUACCCACCUAACCGUAAAAUAUGAAAUCGUUUAUUCUUUUUCAAUCCAUUAACAAUAUUAUAAAGUUUGCUUCUAUUUCGUCAUAUCAUCAUUUAUCAGUGUCUGAAAUCACUUGAUUAUAGCUUUUCAAUAUUAGUAUUUCCUUAAAAAUUAAUAAUAAUACUCUGUAUUUUAUGUAUGAUAAAUUUAAGUUAUUACAAAAAAUUAUAAGAUAAAUGAUUUUUGCGUACCGUGCAAAAUAUCAUAUUCAACUACACAAAAUGUGUCCCACUGCAUGUACACGCCCUAAAAAUAAAAACCAUUUGUGUUCAAUAAGGUGCAUCGUCUAUAAUCUAUAUAAAGUUGUUUAUUGAGUAUUUUUAUUGGCCCAAAAAAAAGAAAGAAUAAUAAUAAAAUACUCAUAGUUGUAUACAGCUUAAUAGCUUGCCCGUGUUUCUUACUGUUGAGAAUCUAAAAUUAAUCGAUCGUAAUGUAUAAUAUUAUGUGUGGUUUGAUAAAACGAUAAAAAUGCGUGACUGCAGUGAGUUAUACCGACGGAUGCUAAUUUUGUAUUUUAUUCUUUUAUAAUAUUAUAUUAUUUAGCUUAUAUUGUUAUAAACAACUGAAAGAUUUAAUGAACCUUCGAAAAAAAAAAUAAAAGGAAAAUAUCUGUACGUACAGUUGAAUAUCAAAAAUGAAAUUUUAAAUACUAAUAUGAAAAAAUUUAUUGUAAUAACUUUAGAAUAUUUAUUUCAUUACGAAUGCGCAAUUACAAAAUGCAUUGCUUAAUCGAUCACAGUUCGAGGUUUAAACUUUUUACGAUUAUAAUAAAACACCCAUGGUAAAUAUUAGUUUUAUAUUUGAUUGAAAUUACCAAUCAGAAGUUUCUAGUAUACGUAAUAUGAGAACCAAAACACGUUAAACAAAACUAUUUGUAUACUAAGUUUAGGUAGGUACGAUGUUAAUAUUUGUGUAUGUUCAAAACUAUACUAUACACGUACAAGUAUAUUGAAGUAUAUUUUUGUUUGAUUUCAAACAUGAUUGUUAUUUGCGGAAAACGUCCUAUAUGUAUGUAUAUAAAUUGCAUAUUCAGAUAUUAUAUAUUGACUGAGGGUAAAAUUGUAUAAACAGUAACAGUGUUCGAGGAACGACUAUAAUAUAACGACGAGAAAGGAAAUUGCUUGUGCAGUGCGGUAAAUGAUUGAAUAUUAUUACGAUAAUUGAUUUACAGAACGAUAAUUCGUUUAUUAGACAGGUUAUAAUAACAUUAUACACCUAGCAUUUAGGAAAUUAUAUACGUUUCCAAAUAAAAUAUCCUUGGUGUUUAUGAAGUUUUUAAAAAACUAAAAAUAUAUUGAAAGUCUAUUCAAUUUUCGUUUAUAAAAACUUAUGAUUACUUACUUUAGGAAUAUUUUCAUUUCAAACAUUUUUCUCAGUUCUGUAUAAUAAAUUACUCCAGUAUAUAUAAAUUUCAUGUAUUAAUUUAAUCAUUUUCAUGUUUUCAGUCUAGGCGUUAAAUUAGAAAAAUAUUACUCUAGCCUCCAUAGUUUUUCUGAUAUAAUGCCAAAAUGAAAAGCAUACAAAUUUCGGUAAUAGACAUGCAAAUUCAUGCUAAUAUUACACGUUAAAUAUAGGCAUAAAAAAAUAAUUGACAUUUUUAAUGGAGGGGUGGGAAACUAGUAAAAUGUACAUCAAACGCUAAACGGAUUAAACAUUUGUUUAUAUUAAUCGUAUUGUGUUGUAUAUUUUAUAAUAAUAUAACGUGCAGUAAAUAAAAUGGUAUCUCAUAAAUUUCAAUGGUAAAUAAUUUUAAUACAGAAACGUAUACUGUAUGUGUAGAUUAAUGUUUUUGUUGUCGUUGUACAAGGUUGUAAUAAUAUAGGUAUUAUACAUUUAUACGGAUAUUGUAUAUUAUUGUGUAUGACGAUUUAAUGCAGAAAGUGUUCAACAAAGACUCAAUCAGUAAUUUCGGUGAAUACAGAUUAAUAUUAUGUUUACAUUUUUCACUUUAUUCAGACAUGUCGACUCAUCGUUCGAUAUUGUAACAUAUCGAUAUAACUUUCUUGUUUUUCCUAAUUAUAAAGAAAACUACACUAUCAUCAAACGAUAAUCUUCGAAGUGUGAAAUUCACACCAACUAGUCGAUGUUUCUCUUCAUAACACUUAAAUUUCGGUGCAAGAUUUCUGGAAGAAAAUAAAAUUGAAAAAUUAAUUUAAAAUAAUGAAAUCACUGAUGACAUAAAUUUGUCCGUUUUUAUUUUAGGUUAUUUCCAGUCAUUAUGAAAGCCCUUUACCAAAUCAUUAAAUGACCUCCCAAUGCACCAACUAGAUCCAAAACACGAAAGAAAAAGUAUCUUGUUAUUUUUUUAAUUCUGGUAGAAUAGUAUCUUACAGGCAGAAAAAGUAAAAUAAAAUAAAAAUACACAUCAUAGUAAAACCAAUAUGCAUUACUCGCUACACAAAAAAUAUAAAUAUCUGAAAAAUUGACUAGGAUUAAAGUUAUAUACCUAUAGUAUAUAACUUAUAUAUUUCAUCAAAUUUAAAAACAAAUUAAAAUUUUCCGAAUUUCGUUUUAAUAAUAUGUUAUACAAGUAUUAACUGUAAUAUUAUAAUAUUAUUGUUACUAGUGUAUUCGUAGUGUAUUAUGAUAAAAUACAUGUCUUAAAAGAACGACAAACUCGAAUCGAUAAAAUGUAAUGCUGAGCAGCAAAACUUGUAGUACGCAGCCGCGUUUGUGUAUACUCUUUUAUAAUUUUAAAUGUAUGUACAAUAAAAUUAAUAUAAUGCGGAUACCAAACUUCUGUCGGGGUAUAUAUUUGGGACUUUUGACCAAAAGCCAAAAACUUUUAUAAUAACGAUGCGAAUAUAUCGAAUAUACGCGAAUCGUUUAUUCGUAAGUAUCGUGUCUAAUAUACGAAAAAAUUACAAAUAACUGCGUUUUAUAUCUAUUAUUAUUAUCACCAUUAAAAAUAAAAUAACAAAUAUUUUUAUUUUUACGUGUCCGUACGAUGCGCAAAAUAUGUAUACACAAAAAUAUAGAUCCAAACAGUAUCAGCCUGAUACACCAAAGGCCCCUACAGGAGCGAUAAUCAAUAUCAUCUUUAUUCUAUUGUUAUGAAAAAAAAAAUAAUUUGUAAAGAUAAUCAUAAAAUAAUACAUACGUAUUAAUGUAAGUUUUAAAUUUUUUCGAAAAAUCUGCCAAAUCAUUUUUUUUAACCAUUUUUAGAUAGCUUUGUCUCAAGUAAUUUUUAAGAUAAACCAAAAUUUUAUUGAUCAAUGUUGCUUAAAAAAAUAGUACUCAAAUCAAAUCUAAUGACAUAAAUACGUGAUUUUAUUCAAAAUAUGUAAUUUGUAUUUUUAUUGGGCAAACGUGCACCGAAAAACUUGUAUUUCAAUAAUUCUCACCAACUCCUAAAACUGAAAUUUAAAUCCAAGUUCAUGUGGCCGAAAUAUUUAGUGUUUUAUGUAAGCAUAAUCAAACUUUUUAAAAAAUAAUUUAAUUUAUAUUUGUACUCAAUGAUAAACCAUUAUUAACGAAAAACUACUGAGCAGAGUAUUAUUAACAGUUGUAUUUUUCCCUUUAUUACCAAGAUAACCAAAAAAGUCAACAUAAAGUGGCCAUUUUUUCUCAUUUAUUAAGGAAAAUACAAAAAAAAUUUAAAAAUGACUCAAUACACCAAUUAGAUUAACAAUGCUAAAUAGAAGUUAUUGUUAAGUUUUUAAUUGUUGUAAGAUUUCUGGUAGAAAAGUUAUUUACAGACACAAAAAAAAAAAACAUUUAAUAUGAAAAUUAAUACAUUCUUUGCUUUACACAGAACCAAUGUACUUUUUUCGAGUAAAACACUAAAAAUUCUACAAAAAACCUAUGUAUUGUUGAUUUGAGCCUUUGAACCGAUUAUCGAAUAGCACAACAUUAUAUAAUAUUUGAGUUUUCUUCAAAAUUUAAACAUUAUGAAUACAAAAUAAGAAAAAAAUAAGUGACAUCCAUUAAGUUUUAUAUGCUUUUAUACUAAGCGUAUAUUUUGUUCGUACGUUUUCGCAGCCACUUUUAAAAACGUUUUAGACUAUUAAAACUAUAUAUUAUAAAAUCCUCAGUGCUACAUAAUAUUAUGCUGCCACAGCGGUUUCUAUAGUAUAUGUUAUAACCACCUGGCUCCUAAUUUAAAUUUUUUUUCCAAAAGAACGGAGGGUUUGAGUGGUUCGCCAGCCUUUAUGUUCGUCAUCCCCUCGCCGUUUCUCGGUUGCGCGCUUGCAAAUAGGGCACGUGAUUCAUCGUGCCAGAAACAGUCACCCCAUAGUUUUUUUUUUUUAUACGGCUGCGUGUGACGGAAUACUAUACAAUAUACAGGAUAACAAUUAUGUAAUAUAAAACCAGAGAAUUUACAAACGUGUAACACCAAUCAUAAUAAUGAGAGCGAAAAUUGUCCAGCAGUUGACGUCUUAUCUGUUUUCAAAGGAUUUGACUGAUUCGUUAUUUUUAUUUUUCAGUUUGUUGAUAUAAGCAAAAUUUAGCGGGGUGGGGGUGAAAUAUUUCUCAUAUAUACGUCCAAUAGGAUGCACUGAAAUUGUUAUAAAUAAAACAAUUACAUUUUUAAAAUUAAAAACUAAUAAUCAAAUUAAAUUACAUUUUUAACAUCGAAAAGGCUUUGAACUAUGUUUCACAUAAUGUAGUAGAAAAAAUAUUCAAAAACCUUACCUCGCACACACAGACUUGUAAGGUAUUUAUUUACAUUUAUAUUAUUUGUAUAUUUGAAUACUUUUCAAUAUUAUAAAUACUUCUACAAUAAUAAUGGUAUUGUAGUUUAAAUUUGUUUAUUAUUUUUUAAUUUUAAAAAUGUAAUUGUUUUAUUUAUAACAAUUUCAGUGCAUCCUAUUGGACGGAUGUCUUUUUAUAAUAUUAUUAAUACUAAUUAAAUACUAUAGUACAAAUUAAAAUGUUGAAUCCAUUUAACUUUUAAAUUUGUACUAUGCGAUGUGCUCUAAUUGAAAAUAAUAUAAAAAACAUCUUAGAUAAUUAGGACGGGUGCAGCCACUGUUAUAGGUCAUUGUAAUAUGUAUUUUGAUGUAUAUCUGUUAACAACGAUUAACCUUUGCUAACGAAAAAACGAUUCUCAAUGAAGUUCAGUUGAUAGUGAUACUUUGUCAACAGUAUAUAGUAUGCCAUACUAUGAUAAAAUAAUUAAAUAGGCAUUAUAUAUUAUCUUUAAUAAUAUUUAUUUAAUGAACCGAUUUUCCAGUUUUUUCUUGUUUUCCCAUGUUUUUUCCUGGUUUUUCACGUUUGCUAGGAACACUCUUUAGAAAAUCGGAAAGUGACCUCCCUAAAAUACUACCAUAGAAAAAAUUUCUUUUCAGAAAAUGUGCUACAUCGUAUACAUCGGAGUAAGUUUUCUGAUAAAAAAAGUGUUCUCAUAAAAAAAUAAUAAAUAUCUUUGUAAAACCAAUACAUUCUUCGUUCCAUUCAGAAUGUAAAAAAAUCAUAACAUAAUAUGAACGACUCUACCUAUGGGAUAGUAUUAUGAAAAAAAAAUAUUUUUAAUAAUUACUUUACUGAAAUUGUUUGGAUGGAAAUAUCUUAUAAUACCUAACACUUAUAAUUUGUAUUAUAUUUUUUGAAAAGUCUGGGAAACGGGAGUGGUUAAAUGAUCUAGCUUGCUUUAUUUUUCGAAUUUCUUGAUACUUGCCAAAAUUAUAACACAAGAUACACUAAGAUAAAAUAUUAUACCGAAAUAUUUAUAUCAUAGAUACUACCCAACUAUAUUUCCAUGAGUAAUAAUUUAGAGUGGUCUAAAUCUGUUUUAAUAUUUUAAUAAAAUUGUAUUGUAAUAUUUUAUUUUCCUAAUACUUUUUCAGACAAUAAAGUUAAAGUUUUGUGUAAGCAUAUUUAAUGGCCACACUUAAAAUUACAAAGUACUUACCUAAUUAAAAUGAAAACAUAUUUACUAGAUAAGACGGCCAAAAUAAGUGACCGUUUAAAUUUAAAUAUCGAGCUACCUCUACUAUUAGAAUAUGGUUUUUGGAAUACGACGGUUUGUUAUAUACACAAUUGUAUAUUAUUUGAAAUAACAAUGCAUUACUAUUCUAUUCUGUGUGAGGUGGGCCAAGCGGGACGAAUGUCCAACGCCCAUUGCCUGUUAACCUCUUUUCGGCAUACGAGUACAUAUUAUAUAAUGUACUAAACGAAUACAAAAAACAACUUCUAAAUUAUUAAAAUGUUAAAGAUUGGGUUUUGUUUUGUUUUUUUAUUUUUUAUACCGAAAACAUUCAAUAAUUUGGUUGUCUAAAUUCUAAACAUCUAUAACGAUUUUUAACAAAAGCCAAUCAAACUAAAAUAUCGUAUAAUUCCCUUACGUUUUGAAAACCAUAUAUUUUGAAACUUAGAAAGAAAUAAUUAAUUAACUAACUUUUAUUUUAGAUUCGGAGCGCGUAUUGAUUCACUAUGUGUUUUUAUUAUUUUUUGUAUCUGUGAGCAACUUUUCAGCCAAAAUCUUGCUCCGAUUUAAUUUAGUAAAAAGUAUUUGCAAAGACUUGACGUUUGGACAAAAAACUUAUAUUUGCCUUUUUUAGACGUGGUAUUAUUUCCAAAAAAUUGUAGAUAUUUUAAUUUUACGGGGUUUGUACGUAAUUUUUGCUCUGUGGAUAAAAUUAUUAGACCAAACAGAAAUACUAGAAUCUUUAACAGAAGGUUUAUUAUAAGUCGCGCUUUAUGGUAAAAAAAUUCGAGUUUAUUGUAGUUUUUUUUUUAAAAAAAAUUCAGCGAAACUCGUUAAUAAUACGCCUAAUUUGUGAAUAUUAUAAAACAACACUAUUAAUUGAACUCCACUCAGAAUCAUUUUUCAUUAUCAAUGAUUAAUCGUUGCGUACAGAUAUACAUUCAAUUUUUCCUCUACCCUCUAUCUUCCCCAACUUCUCACCUAAAACAGUGGCCCAUCAUGCGAAGUAUAUCCGUUUCAUUUUUUUUGUUUUUUAAUAGGAUUUAUAUUAUUUUAGGAUUUUAUUUAUCUAUAACAAUAUCUUCAUAUGUAUUUUAAUAAAAUAACUAUAUAUUAUACAUUAUUUUGUAUAUAUUUUCAGUUCACUCACUUCCCAAUCUCACUGUAUUGAGUUUGUCGGGUUGCAGCAAAAUUACCGACGACGGGAUCGAACUGAUAGCUGAAAAUCUGCCAAAAUUACAAAUCUUAGACUUAUCUUGGUGUCCUCGCGUUACUGACGCAGCACUAGAAUACAUUGCUUGUGAUCUUGUCGGAUUGGAGCAGCUAGUCUUAGACAGGUAAUAAUAUUAUAACAAUUUGUAUAAAAUAUGUUAAUAAUGUAAACAAAAAUGAAAACCUAUAAAGAAAAUGCAUAUUAGUCGAUUAUUUUCAUUACAGUUCCAUAGGCGUACCUAAACCCUAAUUUUAGAGGAGGGGUUGUGAAAAAAUAUUGUUUUAUUACCUAUUUAUAUCUGCGUCUGCAGAAAUGUUUUCUAGGAGUAGAGGGGAAACUAUUAAAACAAAGAAGGUUAUUAUUAAUAUAACAUUUAUCUAUCAAUAACAUCUAUAAUGUAUUGUAAACUAAUUUUAAGUAAUUAUAUUAAUUAUAGUAAAUUUAAUAGCUAUCUAUAACAAUUAAAUAUCAUACUUAACUUAAUGUUUAUAUUAUUAUUAAUCUUCUUCUCCGGCCAGUGUUUUCGGGUAAUUUUAUAAUACUUUCUUUUCCCAAUAUUAAAUGAUUCCCAUAAUUUCGUCCGUGAUUUUUGUUAGUUUAAUGAUAUAUUUUAUUUUUUACAGCUACUAUUAAUGUAUACAUAAACAAAUGGUUUAAUGUUUGUUUCUCUCCACAUUUGCAUUUCUCAUUGUCUGUUAUUUCUCAUCAGUUUAAUUUUUCUUUAGUUCUUCCUACUAGUGUCCACUGUUGGUUAAGAGUUGUCUACAUUUUCCAUGGUAGAUUAUGACCUAGUCGUUAAGAUUUUGUAGUUAAAAUCUAAUCGGCUAGUACAUGUCCUCUUAUUCGUGCCUUUCAUAUUUCAGUCCGUCUUACUAUAGGAUUUCGCCCUAAUGGUUAUUAUUUUCAUAAAAUAUUUCCUUGAUUUUAGCUUGCUAUGGGUCGGAGUUACUCCAUAUUUUACAUGCCUGUCGUCAUUUAUUUGUUUUUUCCAUUCUAUUUUAUCUGUUAAUUCUGGUCUAAUUUUAGGUGGUGCUAUUCCACUUAAGAUUUUUAAUUUUUCAUUAGGAAUUGGUUUAAAACAUCCUGUUGCUAAUCUUAUCUUACCCUAUAAUGCUGCAUCCAUUUUCUUCCUAUAGAAUGACUGUACGCGUGUACAGCUAAGUAACACUAAGCGAAACCAGAUGUUCUUAUCAAUUUUGGGUUAGCGCCCCAUUGCGUUCCCACUAGUUUCUUUAUUAGGUUAUUUCUUGCAACGAUCUUUUUGGUUACGUUUUCACGAUGUGCUUUGUACGUUAAUGAUCUAUCCAAUUUUAUCUCCAGCUAUGUAGAAUUAUUUGUGUGCUCUAAAGUUGUUUCUUUCUAUUUUAUAUUUUUUUCUUGUAUUUUUUUGUUUUUAUAGGGUAAGAUUUUAGGUGGUACUUAUGUAACUUAUUUAACGUUUCUUGUAUUUUGGCUUUGGCCUCCUCAAAUUGCUUCCUCUAGCUGCAACUGCUAAAUCAUCAGCAUACCAACAGUGUUUUGUGUUUUUAUCCCUUAGUUAAUCGUUUAUGUACACGUUAAAUAACAGCGGUGUAAGUACACUGCCUUAUGGUAACCCGUUAUUCUUUAAUUUCCAUUUACCAUUCUUUCUUCUUAAUGUAACAAUACAAUUUUCGAAUUCACAGCAACAUACCGAUAAAACUUAUUCGUUUAAAAUUCUUUUUUUUGUCUAAUUUAGCUUUUUCAAGAAUAAUCUGUGGUUAACUGUAUCAUAGGCAGUAGGUAAAUCAAUAUAUGCCACGCAAAUUAUAUUUUUUGUUUUCUUCAAUGUAAUAGACUAAAUUAAAAACUUGUUAAUUUUUCACGAUUUUCCAGGCCAAAAACCUGCCUGUUCAUUUUCUAGUUUCUUCUCUAUCUCGUGCUUUAUUCUAUUUAAAAUCAUUUUCUCAAAUAAUUUGUACAUAUGACAUAUAAGCGAAUCAAGUCUGAAAUUCCUGACGUUGUUUGAAUCUUUACCAGGAUUUUCACUUACAGUCUUUGUAUUCGUUCUAAUUAAUUUUCUCAGUUUUACCAUUCAUUAUUAUUUAUUAAUGUAUACACUAUCUGGUUUGCUACUAUGUUUAAGAACUCUUAUGGCUAUGUAUUUUCAUUGUUUAGGUGUCUUAGUAAUUCUCAUUAAUAAUUAUGAAAAAUUCAAGCAAAAUAUUUUGUUUUCCCUUAAGCCAUUUAACAAGUAAAAUGUAGGUAUAUCAUAUAUGUUUAUUUAUAAAAAAUAAAAAAUAAUAAUUGUCAAAGCAUAAGAGUAUCUGAGUAUAUAGUCGUCUAAGUUUUCAUUUUUGCUUAUCGUAUCGUAGGUAUGGCUGCAUGGGUUUUUUUCUAUUUGUAUAAUUAUUAUUAGUUAUUCAUUAUUACUUUUCACUGUACAACACGUUUUAAAUUAAAACAUUUAUCCUUAGAAUAAUUUUACUAACUACUGCCGGUAACAGUAAUAUUAAUAACAAUGAACUAGAUCUUUUUGUCCAUGAUAACACACAUUUAUAUCAACUACGAAUCACGAUUUAAGAUAGCCUAAAUAAUGACUAAUUAAUUAAAUAUUCCUAAAAUGUAUAACUUGGAUACUUUAUUUGGAAAAAAAUUUAGCUUUCAAGGUGGAGGAGGCCAGUUGCCUACUAAACCUCCCCCCCUCCUCCCCGUGCACUCAUUUAUGAUUUUUCCAUAUACGUCUUGUCGAUUAUACCAUAUAUCUUAUAGAAAAACAUACCUAUCUAUUUAUGGGUUUUUAUUGGCAAAAUUAUGGUUAUAGUUAAAUAUUAUGUUAACGACGGUCGGUAUAAAGGGUAUUAACCCUUCAGAAAACAUUAAAAAAUAUAUCUAUAAUGAAAAUUGGUACCGUUAAGUAUACUGAGUAUUAUAGAAAAAAAAAACCCUCGAAGCUUAACUUGAUUUAGUAACGUUCUUCUCUUUUUUUUUUUUAUAUAAGUUGUAAAUUUUUAUCGCUAACCGCGAAUAACGAUUUAGCUUUUUAAAAAUAUAUUAUACAUUUUGAAAACUACCAUCGAAAUAAAAGAAAUUAUAAUUUUCUUUUUUUCCGGCUGUAUGAAAAUAUAAUAAUAUACUCGUAAACCAUAACCGUGCUGAUUUUAAAGGUCGCUCGAUAGAACGUGACCCUUUCCUUUUUUUUUUUUUUUAAUUUCAGUUGUCAAUACAAAUGUAUGUAUAUUUUUUACCAUUGUAAAUUAUUUUGUAAUUUAUUCGCUUUAUUUAGGUACCUUUAUGUUAUUUUUAAUUUACUCGAGUUAAAAUAUGUUAAUAAUUUAUUGUUCUUUGUGUGUGUGUCGUGUUUUUAAUUUGUAUUUGUCUUUAUAGGUGCAUACACAUAACUGACAUCGGCAUAGGGUAUAUAUCAACAAUGAUAUGUUUACAAGCGCUAUUUCUCCGUUGGUGUUCGCAACUACGAAACUUUAGCAUACAACAUCUGUGUAGCAUGCGACAUCUAAGGAUACUCUCACUCGCCGGUAAUGUUAUGCAAACCUAUACAAUAUUAUAGUUACCCUUGAAAGUAAAAAUUCUAAAAAUAUGUAAGUUCGUCUCACGAAAAAUUAAUCUGAUCGAUGUAUUUAGUAUAAUAAUUUUAAAAAUGCCUACUAUUUGAGAAUAAAUACUUAUAAUACGAUCACGAGAAACUUUUCUUAAAUUAAGUAGAUACCGUAUCAGAAAAUUUUAAGAAAUUUUAAUAAUACUACUUAAAGGAAGAAGACGUGGAUAUAAAUUUGCUACAUUACAUUAGAUAUGAUGAACUACUGUACUCAUCACAAAAUAAUUAAAGACAUAAAUGAAGGCAAAAAAACAGAAGUACAAACCUACUUAAAAAUGAUCUUUAACUGUUAUAUAUAAAAUUUAAUGUGAAAAAUGCCGCUCUAUAUUAAUAACUUUUGUACGAUAAUCUUCAUAUUUUUUAACUCUGAUUGUACUUUUUUUCUUUAGGUUGUCAUUUAUUGACCUCUAGCGGACUGUCUAGUUUAAUUCAAAUGCGACAUUUAGAAGAAUUAGAGCUGACGAACUGUGUGGGUGCGUCACCGGAAUUGUUGGAAUAUUUACACGAACAUCUACCGUCGUGUUUAAUCGUCAGAUAGAUACAGGAUACCUAUAUAUAUUUUAUAUAAAAUGUAUAAUGACAAUAACGGAGAGUUAUUAUUUAUUUUUAUUUCAUCUUUGAUUGUUUUUUGUAUUUUCGUUUUUCACUAUCCUUUAGGUUUGAUAAUUUUCAGUAGAUAUUUUGUGUAAUUUAUUUAACGUCUGCACACAUAUCAAAAAUCCAUGUAUAAUAUUUUAGCCCAUAUAGGUAUCUAUAUACAUUUUUAUUAUUUAUGAUUAAGAUUUUGCUUUUUUUAUUCGAAAAUUUUUGUUAUUUCAGUUAUUUUUUUUUCUAAAUAUGUCUACAAUAAUGAAAAACAAUUUUUUUUUUUUAGUUUUUAAAGUUUAAACAAUAAUUUACCUGCAAUAAUAAUAAAAUACUUACCCAAUAAAAUUUAAAUAAACUGCUUUCAAAUAAAUCAUUAUAACUAUCAGUGGCGUGUCCAAGAAUUAUUAGUGGGAGGGGGUACAUAAUCAUAAACCAUGAAUAAAUCAUAAAAUCGUCUUCUUAUACUUAAUCCAACAAUGGAAUUUAAGAACUAAAUUUUAUUCAAUAAAUCCACCUUUUUUCCUUAAAAAUUGCCUGUAUAAUUUCAAGAAAAGUUUUUAAACAAAUACUCAUAUUUGUUAUAUUUUUAAGCCAAUGAGAAACGGGGUAACUCUAGGAACGUCACUGGUUAAGUUAUAUAGUUAUAGGUAUAGAUAAGUUAUUAUUAAAAUUAAAAUAAAGUAAAUAAGACAAUUUUUGGCCAUUUACGGAUAACAAAUAAUUAUAAUAAUAAUAAUAACAAUAAAGUGUAAUUUUAUUAUAUCAUAAGACAAUAUUGUAAAACAUUAAAUUGAUGGGUUUGUGGUACGGACAAAAUUAAAUAAUAAAUAAGUUGAUAAAUAUAAUAAUAGAAAUAAAAUGUAUAUAUAAAAUAGACAAGAAUAUUAUAGUAGCCUUUAGACUACUAUAACAAUAAUAAUGCAUAAAUAAUUUAUAAUAAUAUAAUUACAAUACAUUAAUACGUAGAGAUAAUAUACAUAUAUAAUAUAUUUAUUUAGAGUGUAUAUAAUAAUAAUAAUAAAAAUAGAUACAGGUAUCGACCCUUAAAUUAUGGUUAUAUGGAUAUUAUAAUUUCUCAUUAUAUAGAGUUCCUACCUCGAUGCUCUCGUUUUAUUAUAUACAUCUACCUAAUAAAAAUAUUAUUGUAUUAUUAUAAUAUUAAUGUGCAAUAAGUUUUGUUAACUUACCAAAGUUUUCUAUGUUACCUCAAAGUUAUAAUAAUAAUGUAUUAAAUUCUAUUUUAUACAAUGAUAAUAAUAUUGAGACGUCCAAAAGAAAAAAUUGUUUUAUUAGACCCGCUGUAAUGCUAUACAAUAUAUUGUGUAUACCAAGGGAGGCCAAACUUCUUUUGAUAGAGAUCUACUAAGAAUAUAUUUUCCCUUUGAGAAUCGAAUUCCAUAAAAAUUAUUGGGUACUAAUAAUAAACAUACAUGUACAAAUAAUAAAACAAAAGUGUAUAGUUAAAUAAUGUUUGACAUCACACUUUUAUAAAGACUUUAAUAUAAUAUAAUAUUACAAAUUAAAUAUAUCAGAAAUAAAAUUGGCCGCAGAAAAACUGACAGCAAAUGAUCAAAUAAGAUACAAAUUAUUGACGAUUGUGAUUUAGCUGUCUACCUACUAAUUGAGUAAAAAAAAUUCUAAUAAGGGGAAAUUAACAUGUUGAAAUGGUUUGCAACCGUUUGGCCGCCCCUCUGAUGUAUAUUAUAUAAGUUUAAUAAUAUUUAUAACAUAAUUUAAUAUUCAAAAUGCAGUUAAGUUGUAUUUAUAAAAAAAAAAUAUUUAAUUAAAAAUUAAUGGAUUCAAAAAGUUCCUGGUGGAUUACAUCUUUUUUGUUUUUUAUAAAUAUUAUUCAACAGUACAUUAUUUUAAAAAUUGGUACCCUAAAUGUAUGUAAAGGAUAUGUAACAAGACUAUUUAAUAAAUUAAUAACUUUUUUCUAUUGGAUAUUUUUAAUAUUUUAAGUUUUUUUUUUUUUGUAAUAAUCACUAGAGCUCAGUAGGUACUAUAAUUUUUAUAUUUCAUAUUUUUCUUUAUUACUUAACAAUUUUUAAAGUCUGUUAAAAUUAAAAUUUUUUCUGGCUAGUUUUAGUAACGAUAAAUAAUAAGAAUAAUCAGAGUCACAUACAGAUUUAAAUAAUAUGUAUAUAUAUACAUAUAUUAUGGACUAUGGACUCACAGCUUAAAUUAAUAUGAUAAGAAUAAGAUUAUCAAAUUAUACAGUAUUUUAUGGAAAAAUCAAAUUAACCAUUUGAAAAUUUUAAAACUUUAAAAAUAAUUGACUUAACCUUAGUAAAUGUUUUUUACGCUAACACUUUUCUAAAAAUUGGAUUUAAAAAACGGCUAUAUAGUUUUUGUUUUUUUUUUAAAUUUAAAAUACAAUUAUAUACGUAUAUUUUGUAAAAUGUCUAAACAUUAAAAUUAAACUAAAACAUAUUGUAAUUAUAACCCUACAAUGUAAUAACAAUUUAAAAAUAAAAACCUUAAAAAUAUCCAAUAGAAAAAAAAAAAUUAUAACAUUUCUUUAGUAGUCCUGUUACAUACAAUUGUAUGUUCUGUGUAUUCGAUAUUGUACAAAUAUUUUGGUUUGGUUUUGAUCUAUUGCAAUUUUUAAUUUUACACAUGUUAUAUUUUAGCUAUACGUAGUAUGUACCUACGUACCAUAUUAUUAUUUAAAACUUUAUAUAUAUAUUAUGUUGUUUGACUAAAUACGCAAUACUUUAUACUGUACCUAAACUAUAAAAUGUGUAUUUUAAAAACUAUAAAAAAAAAAAAAAAAAACAAAGACUAUUUUUCUUUAUGAAAUAUAUAUUUUUAGAUAAUACAUGAUCUAAACUGUUCUAAAACUAUACCUUUAAAGAUCAGCAAAUGUACAUAAUAAAAGACUGAUUAUGCCUUUUUAUUAUAGGUAACUAUAGAAUAUUUAAUUUAAAAAAAAAAUACACAAAUUAUAAUAUUAUAAAUGACUAAUCAUCAUUAUGCCAUAAUAUACAAACAAUAAAUUUAAAUCUGUACGCAACAUGAUAUAUUGUAUAUUACUAUAAAAAUGUUAUAUUUUUAAAGAUUUUUCCAAAUUUAAGUUUUUAGACAGAUCUGUCUUUUCUUUUUCUUUUUUUUAUUUUGUUGGAUUUAGUAGUGUUGUGAAUAUCUAAUAUUAUAUUUAUAUGUAACAAUAAUAUUAUAUUAUUAUUAUAAUAUAGUGAAGACAAAAUUAAUAUAUGAAUAUAUUAAAAACUAUUAUUGUAUUAUGUGUUUUAGAG